AUGGAGCCGGCCGGGUUCGGCUCGUCCCCCCAGGAGAGAGCCAGGUGAGUGCGGGGCGCGCCCCGAUCCCCACCCCUAACCACGGGCAGGCGGGGCGGGGCAGGCGCUUCCCUUCGCCCGGGUUAGAGACGCCCGCCGCCCGCGGCAACUCCGGAGUUGGGCCCCUCCUCGCGAUUGAAGGCGUGGCGAAGCAUCGGGGCCGGGUGUGUAUAUCCGUGGCUUCGAGAAACUCUUGUGCCGUAACGGUAGCCUUCCCCGACGCGCGUUCGCCUUUUCCCAAGUUACUAGCUCCUAUCUCAUCCAGGAAUCCAGAGCUAUCCCACGUUACGCUCUGGCGGAUUAAAUGAAAGUACGUAGGGAGGGGAGGUAGCCAACCGACAUAGAGAUUAGAAGCCGCUAUCACCAUCAUUAUUAUUAAUAAUAGUAUCAAGUUUAGGGUCUAAGAUAGCGUGGUCCUGUCCCAUAUGUGAAAGGCCCUUCUCCAGGGUAAGGACUCUUGAUUGUGUAUGUCGACAGACUGCACCCACCGAGGUGGUCUGGAAAAGGCUCUCUGCACAUGCUCAGAAGCAUCACAGAACACUACUUUUCAUUUCUCUCUUGCUAGUCACUUCCAGGCAAUUAUUUUUUUUAAUUGAGCCUUCAUUUUGAUUUGCUUUUGCAUAAUGUCUGUGAAGAGGUGAAACUUAAUCGUCUAUUUAUCCAGCUUCCUUUCAGAUUCGUUGCAUAGAAUUGUAGAACUGGAAGAGGGACCAUGAGGACCAUUUAGUCCAGCCCCUCUGCGAUGCAGGAAUCUUUUGCCCAGCGUGGGGCUCGAACCCACAACCUUGAGAUUAAAGAGCUGCAGGGAGUCACUUAACAGAAUGUCAGGCCAAGACUUGGGGGAGACGGGGCUUCAAAUCCCCACUGGGCUGUGAUGCCCACCAUGAACUCCUAGCCUUGCCUACCUUUCAUGUUUGUGAGGAUGACAGGGAGAUAGCAGGGAGCCUAACCAUCCUGGAAUGUGAAUGUAAUAAUAAAACAAGUGCAUCAGCAGAAGGAACGAGUUUGUCCCCUUCCAUCCAGUGUGUAUACUCUUCCCCCAACUCCUUACAUGCUGCAAGUUCUAGAAGUUGUUUUUAAUGCACCCUAGGAGUUUAAAUAAAACUCAGUUUUGUCUUUUUUGAAGAAAAGUAUUGUUGGUGGUGGGACAUGGGUGGCGCUGUGGGUUAAACCACAGAGCCUAGGACUUGCCGAUCAGAAGGUCGGCGGUUCGAAUCCCCACGAUGGGGUGAGCUCCCGUUGCUCACUCCCUGCUCCUGCCAACCUAGCAGUUCAAAAGCACGUCAAAGUGCAAGUAGAUAAAUAGGUACCGCUCCGGCGGGAAGGUAAAUGGCGUUUCUGUGCGCUGCUCUGGUUCGCCAGAAGUGGCUUAGUCAUACUGGCCACAUGACCUGGAAGUUGUACGCCAGCUCCCUGGGCCAAUAAAGCGAGAUGAGCGCCGCAACCCCAGAAUCGGCCACGACUGGACCUAAUGUCCAGGGGUCCUUUUACCUUUAUUGUUGGUGGUGGCUCACCCGAUUGCUCCCUGUACUCCGGAGAACUGUGCAUAGUCAGCCAGAUGGUGGAAGACAGUUUGGCUUAACCUCCAUCGCCAGACUCCAGCUCUGGGAUGUCAGGAAACAUUACAGAUCCUCACUGGGCAAGGCAGCAUUCUCUAUUAGCUGCUUGCUGGAGCUCUUGGGGCAAAAUUUGGUUUCCCCUACGGAAAUUCAGCAGCAGCCUCAAGCCCUUUUGAGCUCUGCCAGGGCUCUCUGUCUGCGCUGAGGUGCAUGUGACCGAGAAGCCGGAGCUGUUGUUAACACCAGGAAUGAUGAAGCUGGCGUUGAGGAAUCUCUCCCUGUUAUUGCAGGCUGAGUCAGUGCCUGGAAUAAGCCCUGGGGCAGCCGGCCCAAGCCGUGGCUCCGCCUCCCAUAGUGUGACUCUCUUGUGUUGUGUUGCUAUGUGGAUUUGUUUGCAUCUUAGGGCGUCCUCCAGCUGGGGUGCUCCAAACAAUGCUGCUGCGCUACAUCCGCUGGGGCUGAUGGGAAUUGUAGUACAGCAGAAUCUGGAGGUGCCCCUGGCUGGCCCAGCCUGCCCUAAGUCCUUCUCUAAAGACUUUCCCGGGGGGGGGGGGAGCCUCCCAUCCCCCUGAAAACGGUUCCAAGUGAGUUUAAAGCAUCCCCCUUUUCCUUCCUUUAACCUGUGACACCCUGCAGCUCCUUUACCCAAUGGGAAGCGUGUUGGUUGAUUGCCCUAGAUUUCUGCUCCCAGAGUUCAGGACAUUGUAACGCCCGUUUCCAUCUCCCAUCUGUCAUUGCGACAAUGCCCGUCACGCUGCUAGGCAGGUUGUGCUAAUGUUCCCAUUUCACAGAUGACAAACUGAGGCUGAGAGAUACUAUCUGCGCCUAAGGGGGUCACGCCGGUUCAUUAAGGCUCUGUGCGUGAGCUGCUCACUUCCUCAUAUGAACGUGAAGUUAUUAUAAUAAUAAUUCCAAUGAUUGUUUUACAAGUGCUUUUAACAAAAACAAAACAGCAAGAGGCUGUGUGCGUACCAAAAUAAAGCUUAAAAUGAACAGCACGAGCCGCUCCAAAAACUGAUAUUGAGGGCAGUUUGCAGCACUCAGUGAAUAAAAGUUUUACUUUUUUAAAAAAAAGGGGGGGUGAGCUUCUUGUCCUUAUAAAUUAGCUUGACUUCAGACUGGGAAGAAUCCCGUUUCUCAGCCAUUCCUCUCCAAUCAUAUCCUUCUGUUCACCUUAGUUCUCUUUCUUGUAACAUCUUACUUCCUAUCCCCAAUGCCCUCUUCCUUCCUCUCACCAGGAGUCUAGUCCUGUCGGCCCAUCCGCCCCCCACCUUUCUAUCAGAGACGAGCCCCCCUCCCCGCCUGGCUGGGCCCCUCCUGUGCUGCCCCUUUAAGUCUCCCCACGCUGGAAUGUGAGAGUGCUCCAGCCAUCCUGUGAGGUCAGAUAAGACACUAUAUUUAUCUGGCUGGUAACCUGAGCUGUGAAUUUCUGCUGUGGACUACACCACUACUGAAAGGCAUUCGAGUUCAUUCUGUGCCGGAGAAGUUGAGCUGCUUGUUGAGAUCUCCUCCCCCCCCCCACCUCUCUUUAACUUCCAAAAAACACAACUAGAAAUCCCCCACAAAUCUGACUUUCACAAACAGGUUAGUACCUACUGGCUCUGUAACCUACCUUUUCUUUCUCUUCACCCGAUCCUGCCGCAGAAAAAGCACCUUGCGGAGACAGAACUGAGCCCCAUGCCACUACUCCUCAGGCCCGUUGUUCCAUGCGCACAGGUGGGUACAAACCGGGGCGGAAGGAAGCCUGGAGGGCUGUUUAAAGCGGGACCCUUAAAUAGCUCGACCAAGUCCAAAACAACUCUGUUUCUUCCUAGGCUGAGAUGUUUUGUGAGGAUGGGAGCUUUAUGCGUUUACUCAAAUUACUCUCCCAGUGUGCUUAAUGCAGUUGUUAAGCAAUCCAAUGUGUGGGGUUUAUUAUUAUUAUUAUUUUAAAAACUUUAAUAAACCUCUUUAUUUUGGACCGGUUACAGGUGUUUGUAGGAAUUGGCAAACUUUAGGGAAGUUUUAAUGUUUGAUGUUUUAUUGUGUUUUUAAUAUUCUGUUGGGAGCUGGCCAGAGUGGCUGGGGAAACCCAUCCAGAUGGGUGGAGUAUAAAUAAAUUAUUAUUAUUAUUAUUAUUAGCAUGUGCAAAAUGCUUUAUCUCAGUCAGAGCAGAAAGGUAGCAGGCAGGCAGCUGUGUCAAGAGCAGCGAUGGCCAAUGUGGUGCAUAGCUGUCAACUUUUUCCUUUUCUUGCGAGGAAUCCUAUUUGGAAUAAGGGAAUUCCCCUUUAAAAAAGGGAAACGUUGACAGCUAUGAUGUGGUGCCCUCCAGAUGUUGUGGAACUCUAUUGCUCACCAAGUCUGGUGAGCUGGAGACCCAAGUUUGGGAAACACUGGUCCACAGCAAGCUGGUUGGGCUAGCAGUUGGUUGUUGCUUGAUGGGAGAUCAAGGCAUAGUAGGGUCUCAGCAGACUGCAUGGCCUGGUCAGCCUCUGUUCUGAACCACUGGUUGCAAAGUCCAUUACCGCCUUCCUGCCUGUUUCUUUAUAACGUCCAUGCUUUCGACCUGGGCUGAAGUCGUAACUUAAACAAACCAAAACACCCCACUUGUUCAGGAGGGUGUAUGCUGGGGCAGUAAAGUGCAGGAAUUGGUGUCGUGGAAUUCAUCGAAUUGUAGAGUUGGAAGGGACCCCAGGGCCAUCUAGUCCAACCCCUUGCAAUUUAGAAUUCCUGAUUGGUGGCCAUCCAAUCUCCAAGGAAGAUGAGUCCACCACUUCCCGAGGCUGUCGGUUCCCCUGUCACUGCGCAGUUAAGUUUGUGAGGCUCGCUCCUUUAAGUCAGCACACCCAGGAAGCAGUGGGGUGUUGGGGUGUUUGAUGGAAAUCCAGUCUGCUUGGGGGUGUUGCUGAAAUUUGCUGCAAUGCAGAGAAGGGUCACAACGUACCCCUGGUGUAUGCUUGGCAAAAAGAAAAUACCCGCUGCUGGCAGAAAGCUCAGAAGCUGGUGGUGCUCUCUGACCUUAGAUGGCAGAGGCCCCCACAACCUUAAAGAGCCCAGCUGCAAAUUUCCUUGGUGCCCUGGUGGUCAGUGGGAGCCAGUGGUUGUGCAGAGAAAGUGAGGGGCUCUUGUGCUUUGGAGGUAGUGGUUGGGAGGAGCAGCUAUGGCUUUAAAUUUUUGCGUAGAGGCCAUUGUUCUGUAGGGAGAGUGCCUGCUUGGUGCCAGAUCCAGUCCCUGGCAUCUCCAAUUUAAAAAAAGGAUCAAGUAGCAGUUGAAUGAAAAGACAAAAGAUGCUGCUGUCAGUCAGAGUAGAGUGUAUUGGACCAGAUGGAUAGGAUAGGGGAGGGGCCAUAAUUCAGCACAUAGAAGGUCCCGGGAUCAGUCUCUCAUUUAAAAGGGAUCACGUGAUGGAAGAGAUUUCUCUCUCUGCUUGAGACCCCAGAAAAGCUCUGCCAGUCAGAGUAGGCUAUCAUUCUUCUAUUUUGGGUCCCAAAUAGGGCUGGGCGAUUUCUGGUAUAUAUAUUGGAUAUAUACUGAUAUAUGUCUGAAAUACGCGGGUGGCGCUGUAGGUUAAACCACAGAGCCUAGGACUUGCCGAUCAGAAGGUCAGCGGUUCCAACCCCCGCGAUGGGGUGAGCUCCUGUUGCUCGGUCCCUGCUCCUGUCCACCUAGCAGUUCAAAAGCACGUCAAAGUGCAAGUAGAUAAAUAGGUACCGCUCCGGCGGGAAGGUAAACAGCAUUUCCGUGUGCUGCUCUGGUUCGCCAGAAGUGGUUUAGUCAUUCUGGCCACAUGACCCGGAAGCUGUACGCCGGCUCUCUCGGCCCAUAAAGCGAGAUGAGCGCCGCAACCCCAGAGUCGGUCACAACUGGACCUAAUGGUCAGGGGUCCCUUUACCUUUACCUAUGUCUGAAAUAAGGAUGUAUGUAGAGGCAUGGUUUUUCCAACAGUGUGAUUUUUACAUAGCACACAAACACACGUCAUGAUUUGCAAUGUAUUGCCAGGUCAUGAAACCAAUAUCACGAUACAAGCUUCAAACUGGUUUUGGACGAUAUAUCGCCCAGCCCUAGUUCUCAUACACUGUUGGGACUACAACUCCCAUCAUCCCCAGCCAGUUUAGCUAGUGGUAGGGAUGAUGGGAGUUGUAGUCCAACAAUAUCCAGGGACCUGGGGUUGAAAGUCACUGGAUAGGUGCCUAUCAGGAUCACUAUGGCAGAAGGCAAGAAGGCCAAGAGAAGCUGAAGCCAGAGCCAAUAUUACCAUUUACUCCAGUAAGCUCUUGCCACUUGUGUUUGAAGCUGUGUACGCAUAACUUUGGCCACAAUCCACCUCAUCCUGUAGUUUCUUGAGAAAGGCUGCUGAUUGAUGUGUUGCCUCUCAAACCAGCCUCCAUCCAAUCUGAAAACAUACCGUAAACUGCGGUUGAGAUGAAGCAUGCGCAGGUGAAACCGCCAUUGCUCAUGAGCAGCAGGCAGCUUCACUGAAUCGGAAUUCGGGUGGGGUGUGGGAUGUUUCACGGGAAACGAAUCGGGUCAUGUGCAUCGAGUGAAGACACCCCCGCCCCCAGUGUGUACAGUGAUCUACAAAUGCAAUGUGAAACACAGCCUAGUUUUGUUCCCAUCAUCCUCCUCACUAGGAGAACAUUGAGGCUCAGGUGGAGGAAGGUGACAGCCAGAUUGGCUGUAAGGAAGCAGCUGAGGGCAGACUGAGGUUGGUAGGGCAAGUGCCCCAUUUGCCCUAAUGGACCAGCCAAGAAUGCUGGUAGACGAUACCAGUUGGGCAAAUGCAGUAUAAGGCAUCUCCAUCUUGUGUUGGGCAAACCAUCUCGUUGUCCUUCUCCCUUCAGUUGAUCCCAGCUCCAGUCUUUGCCACUUGGCCCUAGGCCCCUCUCCUAGUGCACAGAAACCUACUUUUAAUGCCAGCCCUAGAGUGUAUGCCAUGACUAUAAAGGUCUAUAGCAUGCUCUCCUUGGAGUGUACUCUAGGCAUGUGCAGAGUGCUGUGUGCUGGCCCAAGUUGUCUUGAGCUUGGCGGCAAGGUUUUCCAUUGCUAGGGUUUCAUCGCCGUCCUUUGCAGAGAGCUAGGCCCAGAUAUUUGAGUCAGUUCUAUAGCAGUUCAACUGUCAUGGCUUCUCCCAGAGGAUCCUGGGAACUGUGGUUUGCUGAGGGCGCUGAGAAUUCUAUUAGCAAUCCUUUGCUCCACAAACUCGCACACAGGCUGGAGGUUUUGUUUUGUUUUUUGGACUACAACUCCCACGAGCCCCAGCCAGCACAGACAUUUGUCAAUUGGGAGUCAUAACAUCUUCUGGAAUAUAUAUUCCUGCAUCGUCCUCCGAAACAGGGUUCUCAGUGCAGCUAAGAGUCAAUAUCACGACGGCAGUGAACAAUAUUAAACAAAUAAAUCAACAUCAUUCCCGCUGCAACAGCACAAAUGGUAAACAGCAGCAAAAGCAGGGUUUGUUUGAGAGUCUUCCCAAUCCUUCACUUCCCCUCACCUCAUCCAGUUUUUAUCCUGCAGGCUUCUAAAGUCUGUAAUGACUUUUAUCUGCGAGAGAGUCCACUUGAACUUCAAACCCAGAUGUGGGGAACAUUUGACUCUCCAGAUUGUGCUGCACUACAACUCCCAUCAUCCCUGGGAAGACUGAUGGGAGUUGUAGUCCAGCAACAACAGCUGGAGGACCAAAGGCCCCCUACACCUGUUCUAACCCCACUUACCUGAGAGUAAGCCUGGUUGAAUUCAAUAGGACUAAGUAGACGUGAAGUUAAAGCCAGAAUCAGAUUCGUCUGGGCGCUACAAUUUGCAGAGCAAUUGAACAACCCAGUUCCUCUUCCCAAGGAACUCUGGGAACUGUAGCUCUACAAGGGAAAUAGAAGAAUCCUGACCACUCUAAGCACCCUUAAACAGUUUCCAGUGCCCUUUGGGGGAAGCCACAGCUGUUUAAAGUGGUAUGAUCCUGCUAUAGUGCUGGUGAGGCCUCAGUUGCCAUCCUUGUGGGCUUUUGUAUAUGGAAUUGGGGAAGGAAUCAUCCUUUGGUCCUCAAGCAACAAAAUGCCUUGGGCUGGCCCUGACUAGCGUACCUCAGGGAGCCCUGUGUCCCUGUUACCUGAGUGUAAGCCAGUGUAGACAGGUGAAAUGGCAUAGGGCGAGUUAACUCUUACCCUGUCCAGCCUUCCCCCCCCCCAUGGGGUAAAUAGCAGCUUCAAGGUUAGGGGUGUAAAUGUUUAGAUUAGGGAAACUGCACUAGGGGGAAAGGAAUAAACUUCCUCCAGCCCCUAUUGCUGCCCCAUCCAAAUCGGGGCCUGCCUCCGCAGCUGUUUUUCACUAAAAAUAGCCACUCGGGGAGAUCCGAUAGUGGAUCUCCUGCUUCUUGUGGAGUUCAGCCCUAAAUAUCUGGUUCAAAACAGCAACAGGUCAAAACGUUGCGAUGGUUGUUGUUGUUGUUGCAAAACAGCCACGCCAGUACAACAACAGCGCUCCUGACUGGAGGGCCUCCGAGAAAACCCUCCAGGCUGUUAUGGAAAAGAGAAAGGGGGAAGAAAACAGCCUAUUCUCUGAUCACAGAGGACGGAAAACAUCUUGAAGGCUUUCUUUCUCUCUUCAUCCUUCUCCCUCACCCUCAGUGGCCUUUUCGACGAUUGACCCCUUUGCUGGGACACUUAAUUAUAGGGGACAGCCACCAAGGCGUGAUCUGUGAUGCUUGAGUCACAGCUGAGGCGAAAACUCCCAUCCAGAGGAAUCAGGAAGAGUUGAAAGAGCCCGAAAGUGGCUAGCUUUGCAUUUUCAGCAACUGGCUAGAUUGUUUCUUCUUUUUCUUUAUUUUUAUUUUUUGUAGCAUAAUGACCACUUACUAACAACCCAAAGGUGCAGUAGCAGGGUAUUCAUUACACCCUACUCUAUACAAAGCAAGCCAAAAAUAAUAAGAGGAAGGAGUAGUAACACUCCAUUAUAAUUCAAGACAUCCAUAUUCCCCAUCAGGUGUACUGUACCUGGUGAAUGCUGGCCAUCUUAAGUCCGAAGCAUAAGAAAUAAAAUCCCACCAGGUGACUUAGAAGCAUUCUGGGUUCUUCAUCCCUCUGGAGACCUGCAAUUUAUGUGUUAUUUUCCUCCACAAUAGCCAGAGUCCACAAGUUCUUAUAACACAAAGACAAAUGCAGAUUUUUCAAGGUUUUCCAUUGCUGGGCUACUGAAAUCCUAGCUGUGGGUAGCAUCCAUGCCAGAAGUUCUUGAGAGCAACCAAGCUUUCAUGUUAUCAGUCUACAUAUUCAGUAGUAACAGUUGUAGGGGAAAACAAUGAGUUAAAAACAAAAACAAAUGCACACACAUAUCACGUUUCUGGUCCUUUUACUUGGGAGCCGUAGGAAAGGCGGGAUUCUGUUCAAUAAUAAGCAAUAGUUUAGAGUUGCUUUAAACCUGUAGUUGUGAACUGGUAGCCCAUUGGUCUCAACCAGCUUGGCCAAAUAGUCAAGGAUGAUGGGAAUUGUAGUCAAGCGACAUUUAAGUAGAAUAAUAAAUAGCUGCUGUUCAUGAUGGUUUCCAAGGUGGUUAUGCCUCCCUCUCAAAUAAAGCAAAAGAAGUUACUAGUCCUCAAGGGUUAACCUGCCCUCAAGUACCUGUUUAAGUCAACAGUCUGUGUUGAUGGUCUGAAGCAUUCAAAAGAUCACCCUCUUCCUGUUCACAGCAGUGUUUCCAAAAAAAUAGAUCCCUUUCCCCGCUUUUUUUCUAGAAAGCCUGGUAGCUGAAGAUGAUAGUUACUUAGCAGAGGCUAAUGGUGUAAUGCAGCGAUGCUGAAACACUAUUAUUACUUAUUUCAUAGCAGAGCCAGUGAUGCAAUCUUCCAUGUCGCUGUUUGCCACUCCUCUGCAUGGCAAAAAAAAAAAAAGCGCCUUUCUCAGAGAUACACCCAUCAAACAGGUUGUUAAGCAGAGGGACAGGGGGUUAUAUUAGCAUGCAUGGCUGAGGGGUUCAAGUACCACUUCCCUUAAAGAAGAAACACAAAAGCUCCCCAGGUCCUAUUAUUAUUACCAAUCAAAAUGUCAGAAUAUAGCAAGCAAGCUUCUGAGUCCACCAGAACUCUUCAUCAGGCUGUUAAACAAGGUUGGGACCAGGGGUGCAGUGGCAGCGUAAACAUGCUGACCAUAUUGAAGCUCUGAUGUCUGCACCUGCCAAAAACCUAUUCUUCCUGCAUAGUCUUAGAAGGUGGGCAGCUGUUUGUGGUUGUCAGUAAGAACGUCUGCACAGCAAAAUGCACCAUUACACAACUGGGAGAGGCGACCACGUGGGCCUAUUCAAGUCUGGGUUAAGCUUAAAACCAAUGGCUUAGUCUUGAAAUCCCGAGUGAGUUGUUCAGAGGCAUUGCUGAGAACCUUGUACGACAAAGAACGCUUUUAUUCAUUGCAUUCUCCAAAGAGCUUGGGGUGGUGUACAUGGUUCUGCCACUCCUUACUUAACCCCAACAACAGCCCUGUGAGGUAGGUUAGGCUGGGAGGCAGCCACUGGCCCCUUAAGGUCACCCCUUAAGCUUCAUGGCUGUGUAGGGAUUUGAACCUUGGUCCCCCAGGUUCCAAGGGACGUGGGUGGCGCUUUGGUUAAACCACAGAGCCUAGGACUUGCCGAUCAGAAGGUUGGCGGUUUGAAUCCUCACAACAGGGUGAGCUCCCAUUGCUUGGUCCCUGCUCCUGCCAACCUAGCAGUUCAAAAGCAUGUCAAAGUGCAAGUAGAUAAAUAGGUACCGCUCCGGCGGGAAGGUAAACGGCGUUUCCGUGCGCUGCUCUGGUUCGCCAGAAGCGGCUUAGUCAUGCUGGCCACAUGACCCGGAAGCUAUACACUGGUUCCCUUGGCCAAUAAAGUGAGAUGAGCGCCGCAACCCCAGAGUCGACCACAACUGGACCUAAUCGUCAGGGGUCCCUUUACCUUUACCCCCAGGUUCCAGUCCGACAUUUUAACCACUACACCACAUGGGAACACGAACGUAAGGGUAGCCGUCAAAUCCAGCAUCCUGUUUUCAUGGUGGCCAACCAGAUGGGAAACCUGCGAACAGGACCUGAGCACAACAGCUGUGUAGCUGACGUCACCCAGUGCUGGGGAAAAGGCCUUUCUAAGAUUCUAGUCCUCAUUGUAGUCAUUGAUUGAAUAAGGAAUGUAAGAAGCUGCCAUGGGCCAAGUCCACCUAGCUCAGUAUUCUCUACAGCGACUGGCAGUAGCUGCCCAAAGUUUAAAGCAGGGCUGUUGUUUUCCUAGCCAUGCCUGGAGAUUCCAGAAAUUGAACCUUGUGUUGUAGCUACAGCACUUCCCAACAGUUACAUAAGCAUGGUGCUGAUAACACCGAGGUCGCGGGUUCGGUUCCCAUAUGGGACAGCUUCAUUGCAGGGGGUUGGACUAAAUGAUUGCCAAGAUCCCUUCCGAACUCUACAAUUCUUUGAUUUUAAAACAAGCCCUGCUGGGUCAGGCCAAAGGGAGCCAGUCUGGUCCAGCUCCCUGUUCUUACAGUGGCCAGGCAGAUGCCCCCUAAGCACUCCUUUGGUUUCCAGCAACUGGUCUUCAGAAUCACAUUGCCUCCAAUGGUGGAAGGCAAUGGAGUCUAUACCUGUUGAGUCGCUCUUGGCUUCCCCUCCCUCCUAAUGGGCUACGGGAGUUGCAAGCCGGCCACUCCCCUUUGAGCGCCUCCCGAAUCCUCGCCUCUGCAGUGUGGGAAUGAUGAUUGCAUACCUGGCCGGGGUGAACCGCAACACCUCCCAAGCCCUUUGAAGCCAUUAGGUGAGGAGGCGCUCCAAAAAUGUGGCAGGCAUCCUUGAUCCUGGUGACGCCUGGGAGAGAGAGAGAGAGAGAGAGAGAAGAAGCCACGCCAAGUCCAGGAAAUGGCCCGAGUUCCCUCUUCCACCCCCAGGGACUUUCUCAGUAUUGCCACGCUCUCCCUCCUGCCAUUUGCAGUUCCCACGGGAUGCAGGUGUGUGUCUGCGUGUGUGUGUCUCACCUGCUGUCUCCUUCCCUCCUUCCUGCAGCCGGAGCAGCCACAAUGGUAUGAUGCUAAGUUGCUUCUAACAUCACAGGGAACGAAGCUCUCAUAGACGUGGCAGUCACAGACGGUAAGCGUCCCACGGGGAGGGUUUGGGGCCAGGUGCUGGGCUUUUAGGAUGGGCUUUCUCUGUUCUCGUGGGCGAAGGUUUCGUGCACCUUUAAAGCGCAUUCGAAGUGCUUUGCUUCUGUCAAAUAAUUCCAGGCCCUGUGGUUUGUUAAGGGCAGCUGGGAAUCGGAACUCUGUGAAGGGAACUACAAGGGCCCAGAAUUCUUCGAGGGGGGGGCGUGUGCUUUAAAUACAGUGGUACCUCGGGUUAAGUACUUAAUUCGUUCUGGAGGUCUGUUCUUAACCUGAAACUGUUCUUAACCUGAAGCACCACUUUAGCUAAUGGGGCCUCCCGCUGCUGCUGCGCAGCCGGAGCACGAUUUCUGUUCUCAUCCUGAAGCAAAGUUCUUAACCUGAGGUACUAUUUCUGGGUUAGCAGAGUCUGUAACCUGAAGUGUAUGUAACCUGAAGCGUAUGUAACCCAAGGUACCACUGUAUACUGGAUAUGCUGCCAUUGACUGCUGUGAGGGUGUCCUAGGGAGCACAUAGACCAGGCAUAGGCAAACUCAGCCCUGCAGAUGUUUUGGGACUACAACUCCCAUAAUCCCUGACCACUGGUCCUGUUAGCUAGGGAUGAUGGGAGUUGUAGUCCCAAAACAUCUGGAGGGCCGAGUGUGCCUAUGCCUGACAUAGACUGAGGCUGUGUAUAUAUUAAAGCACAUUCUUUCCCCUCAGAGAAUCCUGGGAAUUGCAGUUUAUUAAGGGUGCUGGGAAUCAGCUCUGUGAGGUGAAAACUACAGUUCCCAGGAUUCUUUGGAAGCUGCUUUAAAAGUAUGGCAUGUACUGAGGAAUUUGAGGUGCUUCCGGACCCUCACUUUUUUAGGGAGGUGGGAUUUAAUCACAUACUGGAAAACUGAAGUUUCACAGCUAUAUAGUAAGCCCACAACUUAUGCAAGUUUAAUUUGCGCACUUUCAGCUCUGUGCACGGGGCAAAGUAUUAUAAAAAAUUAAAGGAGCAGGGUUCUGAGGAAAAAGACUUCGGCAACCCCAUCUGCCAUUGCAUGUAAUGUAUUUUGACUAUACACGAUUUUGGCUUUAGGUGUGAUCCCUGGAAUGUUACCCCCACAUAAGCUGCAGGCUUCCUGUAGUAUUAUUAUUAUUAUUAAUUAAUUAAUUUAAAAAAUCCAAAAAGGAAACAAAAACAAAUACAAUGCAAACUAAGUUAAAGGGACACCGACCAUUAGGUCCAGUCGCGGACGACUCUGGGGUUGCAGCGCUCAUCUCGCUUUAUUGGCCGAGGGAGCCGGCGUACAGCUUCCGGGUCAUGUGGCCGGCAUGACUAAGCCGCUUCUGGCAAAUCAGAGCAGCGCACGGAAACGCCGUUUACCUUCCCACCGGAGCGGUACCUAUUUAUCUACUUGCAUUUUGUGCUUUCGAAUUGCUAAAUCACACUAAAUCAAGAUAAUGUAUCCUAGGCAUAGUUGUGCAGUUUUAGCUGCCUGCACAGCUGCUUUCCCAAAAGAUUGGGCCUUUUUGAGAUUUAGAAAGUAGUGGUGAGAUGCACUAGAAAGUGUGAGGGGCCUGUUGCUUUGAUGCAACAUCAUUUGACCUCCCUACAAAAUCUCUCUGCAAGUAAAUUGGACUGAACUCUCAAUAAGUGGGUCACAUAGGGGCCAUCGUGGAACAUAGCAAGUCUGAAGUCAUGCAUUCAGACCACCUAGGGCUGCAUAAACACCACCUCCUUCACCCCAAGAACCCUGGGAACUGUAGGGUCUCGGAACUGUAGCUUUGUGGUUGCUAAACUAAAGUUACAGAAUUAUAGAGUUGGAAAGGGACCCUGAGUGUCAUCCAGUCCAACCCCUUUGCAAUGCAGGAAUCUCAACUAAAGCAUCCAUGGCCAAAGACCAUCCAACCUCUGUUUAAAAAACCUUCAAGGAAGGAGAGUCCACAACCUCCCAAGGGAGUCUGUUCCACUGUACCAUCAGAAAGUUCUUCUUGGUGUUCAGCUGGAAUCUCCUUUUUUGUAACUUGAAGCAUUGGUUCAGGUCCUACCCUUCUGAGCAGGAGGAAACAAGCUUGUUCCAUCUUCCAUGUGACAGCCCUUGAGAUAUGUGAAGAUGGCUAUCAUAUCUCCUCUCAGUCUCCUCUUUUCCAAGGCUAAACAUACUCAGCUCCCUCAAUUGUUCCUCAUAAGGCUUGGUUUCCAGACCUUUCUUCAGGAUUCUUGUGGAGACCAUGCUUUUGUAGAAUCAUAGAACUGUAGAGUUGGAAGGGAUGCCAAGGGACAUCCAGUCCAGAUCCCCGCAAUGCAGGAACCACAACUUUAAAUACGGUCUACCUUGGUUUUCAAAUUUAAUCCAUUCCAGGAGUCCGUUCAACUCCCGGAACAGUUCGAAAACCAAGGCGCAGCUUCCGCAUCCUGCAGCCAAUCGGAAGCCGUGCCGGACAUUUGGCUUCCAAAAUUGUUUCAAAAACCGGAACAAUCACUUCCGGUUUUCGAUCAUUCCGGAGCCAAAACAUUCAAGUUCAAAGGCAUUCAGCUUCCGAGGUUCCACUGCACCCUUUAAAUGUUUGGUGUGGGUGCAGCCCAACUCAGUGCUGUCUGCACCAGCCUUUACCUAUGUGUACCCUCUGCAUAGGCAAAGGGUACUCCAUGGUGGCCACCAGUGACCUUCUGCUGGUUGAAACCGGGGUCAUAGCUAGGAUUUGCCAGAGAGUCAAUCCAGGACUUUUUGCAAGCAGAACGUGCAUGUAUCCCUGAGCUGCAGCUCUUCCUUGGGACACCUGUGCGUUUUUAUUUUUGAGCAGUGGCUGAGCAACUGCCUUUCUUUUCCAUUUAUUUAUUUAUUCGUUUGUUUGUUUGUUUAUUUAUUCAACCCUGUAAGAAAGAGCCACAGGGGUGCUUUUCUGGCCACGUGCGGUCAUGUGCGCACAACCACACGAAAGAGCUCUGGGCUUUCUCGUUACACAAAACUAAACAUAUGAUUUCACUGGAAUCACUUAAGAUAGUGACGCGCCGGCGUUGAGCUCUGAGGUGUCGACUCGGCUGCGCGUGCCAAAUUCCAUCCCACUUAAUUAUAUCCUGCCUUGGCAAUUCUCCUGGCAAAACCUGUUCUCAUUCUACUGCUAACGAUCGGUUAGAGCGUGUUCCACCCCAGAAGCAGCUGCCUUUCAGAGCUAGGAAAGAAGACAUGACCCCCAGCGACACAAACGGUAAUUUAUAUCCUUGCAGGCCCUUUUUUCCCCCUCGCCAGGGCCAGCCUGUUGACUGCAGGAGGGCAGUGGCAGGCGAGGGUGUGGAUGUCUGUGUGUGGUUAAGACAAAUUUAUCUCUUUGAGAGUUGAGCGGGCGAUGUUCCAGAGCGAGAGGUCCAAAAUGUUGCAGAGGUAAAAGGUCUCAAAAUGUAGAGCGCCGCAAUUUGGAUUUUGGUGGGAUAGUUGUGCUGAGCAUUCUUUGGACCUACAAAGUAUUUUGGUCCUGUUGGAAGAGCUCCCUCCUUUGAUGAUGGCUGAGGGCACCUUCCUGCAUCACUGCAGCACCCACGGGUGGGUUGCAUGAUGCCGUUUCAGACUUGAGUUGUUCAGUCGAAACUCUGUGCACUGGCAGGGCCGUGCAGUCCUCAGGCGGAGUUGCAGGACUCGAGGUAGCACGAGACUUUUUCAGGUUGGGCCUCUAUGGCCAAAUGGGGCCUGCUUGGAGUGAACAGUGAUUGGUAGCCUGGAGAUGACUGCAGGAUGAAGUGAUGGUUGUGUUCUGUGGCAUCGGUAGUGUUCUAGCCACGGCGUUGCGGUUUGUUCCUAUGGUGGUUUUCCAGUGGCCCACAGAGUUUCCGGAACAAUCCAGAACUAACUCCGUUGGCCAAGGUCUUGUGAAGAUACGCUGCCGUGCUAAAACUUGUUACGAAGCUUCAGCGUGGCAAGUGAACAUGAGAAUCCAACUUUGAUGCACUUGGAGAUGAGAUAAUUUAGGCCCCAUCUGUGUUGCAGGUUCAAAGCAGGAUUCUGCCACUUUACACAGGCAAAGAACCCUGGGAACUGCGGUUUGCCUCGGGUGCUGAGAGUUGUUGGGAGACCCCUCCUUCUCCCAUCGCAGAACUAUAGUUCCCAGAGUUCCCUGGGAUUGUUCCCUGAGUAAGAGGGAUGGACCAUUAAAAUGCUCCAGGAAUUGUAGCUCUGUGAGACUUGAGGACUCCUAACAACUCUCAGGGCCCUUAGCAAACUGCAGUCCCCAGGAGUUUUAGGGGGAAGCUGUGACUGUUUGAAGUGCCAUGGUGCUGGUUUAAAUGUAUAGAGCACAUUAGGCCUUAGGUGAGCCUGGGAGGCUGUGGUGCCUUUGCUCCUGAUUUCUCUCUGCAUGGAGUUUCCCAGGUUGUCUUUCCAGUCUGUGGUGUUCCACAUACUUUCACUCAGGUGGCAAGCAACCCACUUAGAUAUUAUUGAUAUACUGAGUGGUAUAUAAAUGCUUUAAAAUACACACAUAAGGUCUAAGAAAUCAGCAGAGACAGCAAACAGAUCCCCCAUUUUAAGGUAUUUUCAGAAGAGAGGGGCUGUAAAGGAGGAGGAGAAUGGGACUUCUGUACCUUCUGUUUAAAGAUACUUGUGUAGAAGAGGGGAUUCUGCGCAAAAGUGGGGUGGAAAGAGCUGGAAAAGGUUUGUUAAGGGUGCUGAGAGUUGUUAAAAUGCCCCUAUCCCCCCCCCCCCCGCCCACAGAGCUACUGUUCCCGGAGUGGCUUAGCAAUCAAUCCCCCUUCCCAUGGAAUUCUGGGAGCUGUAGCUCUGUGAGGAGAAUAGGGGCAUUUUAACAACUCUCGCCAUAAAGUUCCCAGGAUUCUUUGGGGGAAGCCAUGGCUGUUUAAAGGUAGACAAAUGCUAAGCAAACCAGUCUCUUAAGCUUAAGCCAAGAAAGAGCAUAGCUGUCAACCGCCCCUUAUUUGGCGGGAAACUUCCUUAUCCCAGCGCCGUGUCCCACUGCGGUCCCUUAUUGAUGAUGUCCCUUAAAUUUCCCGGGUUUCAAAGGAAGCAGCUCCUCUCCCUCCCUCCCUCCCUGCCAGCCAGGGAGGAGGGAGGCUCCAAUUGUGUUGCUUGGCUGCGUUGCUCACCCAAUAAGGAGUCUAAGAACAACUGGGGGGUGGAGCUUGCAUGCCUUGUGCCGAUCAAAUCGGCCGUGUUGCCUGGGGACUCACCUUUGCUCAGCGCUUCCCAGCGGAGAGGUGACGGUGGUUUUCCUUGGUGCAUCCCCUUUGCCGGGUUGAUGCGCUGUGGGAACCACCGCUUGAGGCUUCGUUUGGCUGCUGGCUGGGCUUUCUGCCUUUGACUCAGAGGGGCUCAGAAAUUGAACAUACCUGUGCCCGGAAAAUCCCUUAUUUUUGAGGCUGCUGGUCCCUUAUUUUCAAAUCUGUAAGUUGACAGCUAUGAGAAAGAGUAUUCUCUUUAAGAUUGAAUAUCAAUAUACAUAUCAAGACUUUGAGAUUAGACCACUGAAGAAGCCCGGAAAACUAUAUUGGGAGUGUGCUACCUGCAAGCCCCAGCAAAAGGGCCCCAUCGGGGGCGAACAGCGGCCUCUUGAUUACUUGGACUGCCAGGGCAAAACAGGUGCAAAACACCGGCACCCUGUCGUCUACAACUUCAUUAACAUCCAUCUACAACUCCACUAGCAUCUCUCAGUAUUGUGAAUAACACCGAACUUACCUUUUGUUGGUAUCUUCAUGAACUUAUCUAAAAGACUGAGUUGAGCAUUUGAAAAAUCUAUUGAAACCAGACAUUAUAAGUUCAUCUUAGGUUGGGUAGUUCUCAAGUCUCUGUGGCUUUGUUUAAUGUUUUGUGUUUUUCUCAGAAGGUUGAUAAAGAAUGUUUAAUUUAUUAUUCUGUGUAUAUUAAUCGCCAACGUGUUUAAUGAGUCGCACUAUGGCUGUUUAAAGGGGCAUGAGGCUGCAGGUGAGGCCUAGGUGAAGACAGAGCCAACAAAUCCUAGUUUUGUCCCCAUCUUCCUCUCUGCCGAGUUCUGCAAGGGGAAACCCUGAGAUUCAGGAGGGAGAGGAGGAAGGUGGCAGGCAGUACCAACCCCUGCAUGGGUUGUAAGUAAAGAAGCAGGCAGAUUGGGGGUCAGCCAAGACCAGUUGGUGAGGCACUGCCCCAUAUCCUCAAAGGGGCCGGCCUCCACUGCCCAGCAGUACUCUCUGGAAGGGAGUUUGCAAGCCCCAAAGCCAUGCAGCUGGUUCCUCUCCCCAGAGCACAUUUCCCUCGGCCGCCUGUUUGCCUCCUGCCUGGCUCCUAGCCAUGGGCGGCCGGCCAAGCCCAGAGUUUACGCUGGGCAUCUUGAAAGGCCUUUGAAAAAGAGGGCUGUUUCCCCAGCAACCAGCGACUCUCAGCCCUGCAAGAGCUGUCCAACUCGAAAGUAAAAAAGGAAGGAGAAGUUGGGAGGGAGACACCAACAGGCGGCUAGCCUUGGAGAAACGCCAGGGCAAACCGUAGGGACACCCCCUCUGGCCUCCCCAAAGUUUCCUGCUUCCCCCUGGGGGAGUGGUUGGUGCUUCUGGGCUGAAGGGGUGUAGCAGAAUAGCACCUGCCCUUCAAGUUGACUAGACUAUUUCCCUCCCCCCAAAAAAACCUCUCAGCGCGUCUGUUUGGGACGACGACAGCUUCUUUCUCCUCCUCAUUGGAGAGCCAAGUCCCACUAAGGUACGUAAGACUUGGGAAGUCUUUCUCCUCUGUGCAGCUGCAAGUUCGGGGCCAUGGCUCCCACCUGUUGCUCUUAGUGGUGGGAUCCCAUGAAGCCACCAUUUAAAGCCCCGCUUGAGCACUUGCGCACUUGACCCGUUGCGGAGGGAUGUUUUUAUUUUUUGUACACUUGCCGCUUUUAUCCCUUUAGCUGCCGAAGGAAAGGGCUCCUGUCUGCUUGGACUUUAUUCGCUUCAGCUCAAGAGAGCUUCGGUUGUAACCCUAGAGGCAGCUGCGCCGUCGGGGCAAGACUUCGGGGCAGAAGGACAGGACCCCACUGAAAGGAAUGAGCAGGAGAGCUCCCCCCAACCCAACCCAACCCCCCCAAAACUGAGCCAGCCUGGCUUUGAAAUGAGUGAAGUAAUCAGCAUUGGCUGUGUACACAGUGUACAUUGAAAGCGCUUUACCCCUCUCUCCUAAACAAACAAAAUGAAUGCUGGCAACUUAAGUUUUCCCAUCACAGAACUACAGUUCCCAGCACUCACUAUGGUUCCCGGGGAGUUGAGGGAUAGGAAUGUGCUAUAAGUAUGUUUAUGGUAUGUACAUAGUCUAUGUUGAUUAAUUCACUGACGUCAAAGUGUGGAAAGCCAGCUUUGCCAAUUAUCAUCUUAACAAAACCCCUUUGGGUUGUAUUCAGCAUUUGUCAUGUGUACUCCAUGUAGGCCUAUUGAAAUUAAUGGACAUGACCAAUUUAAGUCAUUUAAUUUUAGUAGUUCUACUCUGAGUAUGAUUAAUGUUGAAUGCAACUCAUUAAGUCCAGGUUCUAAAAUUACCUAAUUGCACUGCUGCUGCUGCUGAGGUGUUUGUGACGUCUUUUGCAGGGCAGGGUUGAGAGGAGGCUUUUGGUUUCACUUUCUGAAUGAUGAGGGAAAGGCACUCUGCACAUGCUCUGGGAUAAUUUUGCCUCUUGCAGUUCUUCAGUUAAAAGCCAUGUCCCAAACCAAAGCUGAGUCAAAUUAUUGUUGUUAUUAUUAUUAUUGAAAUCUGUUAGAUCAUCUGCCUAAAACCAAGCAGUAUUGUGGAAAGUUGUGGGGUUUCAUGCAACCUAAAUAUCUCCCCACUCUGCCACUUUAUUCUGCUGUAGCUUAUAUCAAUUUCUUUUAAAAAAAGAGAAAAGUUUGCAAACACAGCUGUGUUCCCUUGUGCCAAAGCCUUAUUCCUAAUUUUUAAAAGUUGUGUUUUCUUCCCAUUUUACACAUGUGAAACUGAGACUGAGCCAUUUUGUUAAUGGAUAACUUGUUUUAGUGCAGGGCAUGCGUACGCUUUGGGCAUUAUUUAUUUUAUUUAUUUAAAUUUAUAUACUGCCUUUUAUCGAAAAAUCUCAGGGCGGAUAAUCAUGCGUGUGAGAAAUUUCAGGCAUACACAAUGCAGACCUGCAGCUCCUUGCAGCACCCCAGCUCGUACGCAUGAACACAGCAUGAAAUACCUGCAUCUGCAAUUGCUACCACAAUAAUUUAGACAUACGGUAGUUUGCACAAUAGUUCCCUCUGUGUAGGUUUUCAACCUUUUUGAGUCCACGGCUCCCUUGACCAACUGCAUUCUUUCUGCGGCACCCCUGUAGGACUCAGGAGCCCAGUUAUGUCACCCCUUGCCUGCAGAGCUGGCAGCCUCUCGUCCUUUUUUCAAACACCCUCCCUUCUGGAGUGUUCCCUUAGCCUCCUCUUCUCUCUCCUUUGGAGUCCUCUGGGCAGCGACAGCUGCCACCCCGAUCUCUGAGCUGCGUCCCCCCUGCCCCAGAGAGAGGUGCCUCUUCACCCUGCCCCACAGAGGCCUGAGACUUGCCUGUCCAUUCCCAACAGCAAGGACUGGCUGGCUGGGCUCCUUCGCCUGCUUGCUUGCUUACUCCAAGGCCACUUCAGCUCCUGGCAACCAGCACCCCCUGGCCAGCUCCAGAGGCACCAUUCACCUGGGGAGCUUAUAGCCGGGGCUGCUGCAACAAAUAGCUUGUCAAGCCUUUGGGAGGCAGAGACAUGAGGGCAUCGGAGGAGGGAGGGAAGGAAAGAGGUCCAAAGGCCAGUGUUGCCCGCGGCACCCCUAACCAUCAUUCAAAGCACCCCAGGGUGCUCCUGGAAACCACUGGUGUAGGGAAUGGGCUGCAGGUGUUCUUGAAGAUACUGGCGGGUGAUUGAUUUUCCCAAGGCCUCUCAGUGAGCAAGUGCCAGAGUUAGUAAUUUGUGCAACAAACAAACACAGAAAAGGAAACUAUAGAAGCAAUUUGCCACAAAACAAGAGGUUGAUCUAACGAUUCAUGUGGAAAUAGGAGCAUCUCAUCUGGAAAUUACAGGAGACCCUACCAGCCACAGGACCCCAGAGGUGUAGCCGGUCCAGUAUUCUCCCUCCUGCACCAAUCAAAGCCUUCAUUUAUUGAGAUACCAGCCAGGCUUGCCUCGCCCCUGGGUUCCAACAGCCUAUGCCCCUCAAAUACCAGUCUCCUGCCCACUUUGCAGGUGAGGUAGGAGGAGAGGCGGGACUUUGACAUGAACAGCAGGCCCAGUGGAAAAACAGCUCCUUGGCUAGAUCAAGGAAGGUUUUUCUCUUCCCCAUUUGCAUCAAACUGGAGUUGAUCCGUGCGCCUGAAUUAUUGAUGGAGAAGCUGCUUGUGCUGAGCUGAAUGGAGUAGUGGGGGCUGGGCUGCUUGCAAAGCUCCUCUAACCCCCACCCCGCAGCUGAAAGGCAAGGCCAGGCUGCGGCAAACACUUUCCUUGCAGAUCCUUUUAUAUAAAAAAAGGAUCAAGUGAUGGGGAAGACCUGCUGCCAGUCAGAGCAUGGAAUACUAGCUAGGCAGACUUAGUGACCUGGCAGCGUAGGAGAUGGUGUCUCCCUCUGUUCCAGCAGCCCCACAACCCCACCUUCCAAACACCGCUUCGAGAUUUUGAAAAGAUUGAGCGGUUUGUGCUUUUAAAUCAAGGCACGGGCACAGAUCAAGAAUGUGGCACAGAGCUCCUGAACUGGCAGGUGGCGCCACUGCUCGCUCAAGAGCAGUGGCUUUUGCUAAACACGAAGCCAACUUUCCCCCACCCCGAAGCCUUUUUCAGUCUGCAAGUCCGCAGAGAGCACUCUAUACCUUUAAAGCACACCUGAGGCGCAUUCUUUCCCUCAAAGGAUUCUGGGAACUGUAGUCUAGCCCUCACAGAGUUACAGUUCCCAGCAACCCUUCCCAAACUACAGGGCCCAUAAUUCUUUGAGCGAGGAAAUGUGUUUUGAAUGUGCUUUAAAGACAUAGCUGUAUGCCCUCGCCUGCUCUACCUUCUUCAUGACAGCCCUUCAGAUAUGUGGGGAGCUGCUAUCAUAUCUCCUCUUAAUCUUUUCGUCAGAUUAAAUUUAGCCAGUUCUUUAUAGGACUUGGGCCACAUAUCCGAACCAUACGUUUAAAGCACUCUUGAAUUUAAAAAUGCUUGAAAUGGAAUAAUUUUUUAAUUAUUUUGUUUUAAAUGGCAAACCUGGAGCAUCUACCCAGAAGUAAAUUUACUCACAGCUGGGCCCCAUUUGCACUGCACAUUUCAAACACUCUUGAACAGUCAUGGCUUCCCCCAAAGAUUUCUGGGAGCUGCAGUUUGUUAAGGGUGCUGAGAGUUGUUAGGAGACUCCCCUGGUACCCCUCACAGACUUACAAUUCCCAGAAUGGUUUAGCAAUCAGUUCUCUUACUAGGGAACUCUGAGAAUUGUAGCUCUGUGAGCGGAAUUGGCACCUCCUAAUGACUUUCAGCACAUUAACAAACCACAUUUCCCAGAAUUCUCUGGGAGAAGCCAUGACUUUAUUAUAAUAGUGCUUUAAAUGUAUGGUGAAGAUGUGGCCUGGGUAUACAGACACAGUACUAUCAUACUUGCCUUUUUCCUUUUGACACAUCCCUUCCUGUCAAUGUCCAUCUUAAAAUGUGAUGCCCAGAACUGGGCACAAGAUGUUCUUGAACUACAACUCCCAUCAUCCUCUUCCACUGGGCAUGCUAGCUAGGAAUGAUGGGAGUUGUAGUCCAGUGUCUUCUAGUCACCUUAGCUUGAGAGAGGCUUCCAGGAACAGCCUUUGUGAUUCAGACGCAUCGCCAGCAAGUGCAGUUAUGGGGAAAAAUACAUGCAGAGCAAAAUAGCUCUAAAUGACUCAGGCAAGUAAGUCUAGGCCACACGCCGACAGGAUUAAUAAAAUCCCACGGAGUCAUUAGCCAGUUUGACCUGGGGGGGCCGGGAAAUAAUUGCCCUAGACGUGACAAUUGGUCAGGCCACGAGCAGGGCAGUCGUUGAGUCACUCCCCAAAGAAAAUGGUAGUGGAGAGUCAGUCCCAACAAUCAUCCCGCUGGAAUGGAGGGAUUACAUAAGACUUGCUAGUAACUAUAACCUUUAUUGUUUGGAUUAAAUAGAGCAAAGUGGAGUUUGAGAUGGUUGAAUAAGAGCAAGCACAGCAUCCACAAUCCCUCACAGAGGGAGAUGGCGGCAGCAGUUUGUGCACCAGAUACUUCCAAGGUUAGAUUACUGCAAUGCGCUCUGCGUGGGGCUUCCCUUGCGCUCAACCCAUCAGUUCCAACUGCCUGGACCAAUGGUCGGGGAUGAAGGGAGCUGUGGACCAAAGGCGCUGGCAGGUGCUAGGCUGUGGAAGGGCUGUGAUCAGAUUGUGCCGGGUGCCAGGGAGAGUUCAGGUUUCAGCAAGAGGCUGCUGGAACAAGGAAGCAAGAAGAGCAAGUGUAGCUUUUUCUGGGCAGCCUAAAAGCCAGCAGGCACCGGGAUCUGCCUGCGAGGCUCAGCUGAGCACGGCGUGGGAAGAUGGUGCUCGCGAGGUAGAGAGCAGGAGUGGAAAACAGGGCUGUUGGAGGCUUGUUAUUAGCAGAACUGGAGAUUUAAUCUUAGGCAGCACGCUAGGAAAAGCAACAGGCCAGCAUUGCGUUUCCUAGAAGCGACACCAGGGGUCUUCCUUCUGCAUGAGCAAAGCAGUCUGGUUGGCCCUGGGAGGUAGUGGCGGCAAUCGCGCACAACGCAAACUGCACGGCGCACCUCGUGAUUGCACAUGACAGGUCCAGAGCGGGCAGCUGUGGGUCACCCUGGGCGAUGAGGCGCUUGGGAAGAGGCUAAGGCAGGCGGGCAUGAAGCCUAUCGCUGCCGGGAAAAGUUUACCUGAAGGCAUCUGCAGGUGUGCUGCAAGUGUAGAGGUUCAUGAAAGAACAUGUCGUUCCCAGGGAGCUGUGUUUUGGAGGCAGUUCCCUUGGCAAAUGGCCAUGCUUUUUUAAUUUCCUGAGAUAGGAAAGGUUGUGCCUCGAAUAGCUGGGUGGCAGGCAGAAAUCACACAGGUGAAGCCCCCCGCCAUCUUCAUGCAGUCGUAGUAUGUGGCCAGCCUGGCAAAAAAGUGGACUCAUCUAGUAUCUUAUUAUCUAAUUUCUUUCCGCAGGGCCUGUAAGACAGAGUUGUUCCGCCUGGCCUUUGGCUUAGAAUCAGUUUGACUCCCUCCCCCUCUUUCUUUUUUUUCCUUUCUCCUCCUGUGAUGAGGCUGCAUUUUAAUGUUUUAAUGUUGUAUUUUAAUCUUGUUUUUAAGUUAUAUUUCAAUCAACUUGUUUUUAUUAUUGGUUGUUAGCCGCCCUGAGCCCGGUCUUGGCUGGAGAGGGCAGGGUAUAAAUAAAAUCUAUUAUUAUUAUUAUUAUUAUUAUUAUUAUUAUUAUUUACACCGGUGGUUUUUUUAGCCGUGGGUCCUCGGGUGUUGCUGGAUUACAAAACCCAUCAUCUGCAGCCAGCUUUGCCAAUGGUGCGGGAUGAUGGGAGUUAUAGUCCAACAACAUUUGGGGCCCCAAGAUUGAAGAACACUGGUCUACACCAGGUGGCAGGGGCUCUCCAGAAUUUCAGAUGGGGGACAUUCCCAAAGCCAUCUGGAGAUGUUAUUAGGGACUGAAUUGUGCAAGCCGUACUUUUCUGAGGUUUUUAAGGGAUGGGAAAAUUCCUCAUAGAAUUGCCCCACUAAUUCAGCUGUGUUAAAGGCACAACAGUGCCAGUGUGGCAUAAUGGUUAGAGUGUUGGACUAGGACCUGGGAGUGCCAGGUUCGAAUCCCCACUCGGCUGUGAAGCCCACUGGGUGACCAUCUCUUAGCCUACCUCACAGGGUUGUUGUGGGAAGGAAAUGGGGAGGAGGAAAACCAUAUACACCACCUUGAGAUCCUUGGAAGAUAAAGGCCGUACACACAGAGAGAGAGAACGCUCUGAAGAUCUGGGCCAGACAACUCUGUAUUAUCUGAGGUAGAUCACAGAACUACAGUUCCCAGCCCCCUUACAGCACCCAGGAUUCUUUGAGGGAAAGUCAUUUGAUUUAAAGGUUCAUUGGAUGUGCUUUAAAUGUAUAAUAGUGUGCAGUGCUUGCUGCUGCUGCUUUUUUUUAAAAAAAAUGUGCCGCUACUAUGUGCCCUUGGGUAUCACCCCGUAAAAAACCCCGCUGAUGGUGUUGAUCUGCCAGAAAUUCUAGUUUAAAAGAGAGCUCCUCUGUGAUAUGAUCGUAUUGCUGUUCUGUUGCAAAGAUAGUCUUGGCCAGAAGAGGGCGCCAGUGGCCUUUAUGUAUGGCUGCAGUGUUUGCAAAUGUAAACACCUUGGCAAAGGAAUCAAGGGUUGAGUUUCUGUUUAUGCCACCUGCUGUUCCUGUUUUGGAGCUGGCUCCUUGGUGUUCUGACUGCAACACCUGCCUUCAGGGCUGGUUGAUUCGCACCCAGUGCCCCAUUUGAUGUCAUUUUAGUUUCCCACCUAUGUGGUUGCAUUUUUUGAAUCUGUACACACACACACACAGCAUUACUAAUUCCUUUUAACAAAAUUGCUUUGUUUUAUUUAUUAAGAAUAUUAGAAUGAGUUAAAGGAAAAGGAAAGGAAAAUAUAGAGGAAAACAACAAUAACAAUAGGGCAGUGGAAUAUAAUUAAGAUUAAAGAACUAUAUAAAACAUAUGUCGAUGGGUGAACUUAUUGUUUCCCUCAAAUAUACACUGAUUCAUGGGUCACUAUGGUUUCAGUAAAGGUGUUGCAAAUAUCAUUAAAUUUAUCCACACAUAACCUUUGUCUGAAAACGAUCCAUUCAAGGGUUGCAAGAGUUGCCAGGUCAUCUAUCCAUUGAUCAAAAGCGGUCGUAUUUUUGUCCUUCCAAUGUAUCAAUAUCAAUCUUUUGUAGGUGUAAGGGCACGUCAACCAAUAAUCAAGCCCCAUAUAUUAGGUAUAUAAUUAAAAAUAAUGUUAUCUUCUGACAUUCCCCCGUAAUAUGUGAAUACAACAGCUCAAGUUCUUCAAAACACAUUUCAAACCAGCAUUAAAGCACAGUUUGUCCUGACAGCAGUGCAGUGGCCAACAUCAUCUGCACUUUAGUUUUCAAAAGCAUGUCUCAUGAAGGUCUUAGCCUGCCAGUGGAAGGAUAUUAUUAUUAUUUAUUGAAUUUAUAUACCGCCCUACACCCGGAGGGCAAAAAGGGAGCCAGUCUAGCGUUUCUUGGGAGAGACUUUCAUGAUCUGGGGGCAGCCGCAGAAAAGGCUCUCUCAUGUCACACCAACCAUGCUUCUGGUGUUGAUGGGACCGAGAGAAGGCGAUCAGUAUAAAUGAAAACAUGAGACUUACGGUUUUGUUACAUAUGAUUUUAUUUUGGAGUUGUCUGUUUAUUUUGGAGUUGUUUGUUGUAAAGAAGGUAUAUUAUGUGAAUAAAAUAAUAAAGGAUUGGGGGGGGGAGAGAGAAGGUGUUUACCUGAGGAUCUUUAUACCUAGGCAGGUUCAUAUAGGGAGAGACGCUCUUUCAGGAAACCUGGGCCCAACCCUGAUAAUAGUAGUGGGCCGUCCUUAGCUUAACGGCUGUCAUCGUGUCCCCCUUUUUUUCUAGCCAAUGCCACCAGCGCCGCCCCCAGUGCCCCAUCCCGCAGGAUGUCCCAGCUGUCUUCCACCUUGAAACGCUAUGUCGACGCUCCCCGCUACUCAGACACCUCGUCGUACAGCAAGGCCUCCACCAGCUAUGGGAACUAUUCUUCCUACUCUUCCAACCUGUCCUCCUCCUACCCGGACAAGGAGAAGAUCAGCCUCAAGCCCACCGCGCCCUCCAGCUACCUCCGGACAUCGGGCACCACCACAUCCUCCUCCUCCUUGACUUACGACAGGCGGCUGCUCCAACGCCCGGACUCCAGCACUAGGCUCAGCCCCAGCUAUGGACGGAUUCCAGUGAGAACCCCGGGCAGCGGGGGGCUGAGCGGAGGGGCCCCCAGCUACUCCUAUGGCAACAGCCCAUCCACCAGCUACGGCGCCACGCUGGGCCGCAAGAAAUCCAGUAGCCACUCGGACCUGGCGCGGGACAUCACCUCCAUGCACCUGUCGGACUCGUACCGCGCCGACCCGCCCCCUGCCCGUGCCUCGUACAUCGCCCGCAGCCGCCAGGACCUGUGCCCGCUGCAGGGGUACUACCAGUCGGAUUACGUCAAGGACUACCUGGAGUCCAGCAGGCGCAAAGGGGGGCGGUCCCCAGGCUCCGGCCUCCACGGCUCCACCCCAGAGGUCAUCACGCCCACCCUGCGCCCCACCAGCUGCUCCUCAACUCAACCAUGGGAGCGGACAGACAGUCGGACGGACAUCUUGGCCAAGGAGGCCCAGGUAGGGCUCUGCUCUGGCUUCGGGGAUGGAAGUGGGGCAGGAGGCCUUGCAUUGUGGUGCCAGGGAAAAGGGAGUUGGCGUUGUUGCUGCGUGUGUCGCAGGGCACAGCCCCAGCCUGAACAAGGCCUGUGCAAGGGGUUAGUUAGGAAGAUAGGAAGCGGCCUCGUUCUUAGCCAGGCCAUUGGUCCUUUUUAACUCAGUGCAGUUGUACCUUGAUUCUCAAACGCAAUCUUUUCCAGAAGUCCAUUCGACUUCCGAAAACGUUCAAAAACCAAGGCACAGUUUCCAAUUGGCUGCAGGAGCUUCCUGCACUCAAUCGAAAGCCAUGUCGGACGUUUGGCUUCUGAAAAACAUUUGCAAACCGGAACACUCACUUCCGGGUUUGCGGCGUUCAGGAGCCAAAACGUUCAAGUCACGAGGCAUUCGAGAACCAAGGUACAACUGUAUUGUGUCUACAUGGGGGCGGGGGCCACACUUCUGCUCACCCUGUGCCUAGAAAGCACGGGUCUGACCAGUUUUCCACUGUGCUUUCUAGGCACGGGUUUGAGCAAUUUUGCCUUCCCCCCGCCUUUCUCCUCUGGCAAACCUGCUCUUUAGUGCUACAUGAGAACUGCACGGGUUAAUUCUGUGCCCAGAACAGCUGCCUACCAGCUCCAUCUGGUAUGCUGGCUGAGACCCUGCUUGCCUGCCCACUGUCUCACCAGGGUGGCAAACGCUCCGGUUAUCUAUCCCGCUUGGACUACUGCAGUGUGCUCUGCGUGGGGCUACCUUUGAAAGUGACUCAGAAACUUAAUCCAGAAUGUGGCUGCCAGACUAGUGACUGGGAGUGUCCGCCACGACCAUAUAACACCGGUCCUAAAGGAUCUUCACUGGCUCCCAGUACAUUUCCAAGCACAAUGCAAAGUGCUGGUGCCGAGCUUUAAAACCUUAAACUGCUUUGGCCCAGAUAACUGAAGGAGCAUCUCCACCCCCAUUGUUCAGCCCGGACAGUGAGAUCCAGCUCCGAGGACCAUCUGAAAGUUCACUCCCUGGGAGAAAUUACAGGGAACCAGGCAGAGGUCCUUCUCAGUAGUAGUGCCCGCCUUGUGGAACACUCUCCCAUCAGAUGUCAAAGAGAUAAACAAUUAUAUGGCCUUCCGUAGAUAUCUAAAGGCAGCCCUAUAUCAGGAAGUUUUUAAUGUCUGGUGUAGUGUGCGUUUUUUUGUAUUCUGUUGGAAGCCGCACAGAGCGGUUGGGGCAACCCAGUCAGAUGGGCCGUGUAUAAGUAAUAAAUUAUUAUUAUUAUUAUUAUUAUUACUAUUAUUAUUAUUAUUAUUAUUACUAUUAUUAACAGCAAUCCACUUAAAACCCAGCUGCUGUUUGUUCUGAUUCUGCACUAGAGAUUGGGUUCCCAGGGGAAAGCUUGCAGAGAAACGGAUGUGUGGAUUAGCCCUGUGUGGCUGCGGGUCUCUGGGAUUUCAGGCAGGGGACAUUUUCAGCUCUGCCUGGAGAUACCAGAGACUGAAGUUGGGCCCCUCUUCCUGCACAGCAGAUGCUCUAUGACUGAGCUACAGCCUUUCUCCAAUAGGGAAACCUCCAGUUUGAAAAAAUACAUGUACCACCAGGGUUUAAAGAGCACAAAUAGCCAUUUAAUUGAUCCACUGGUAAGAUAUUUCUUUAAAAACAAACUUAAAAACCUCCUUUUCAGUAGGCCAAAAUGAUGCCCUGAUUCAUCAAGCUGUGGGCUUUAAACUGAUUACUGUUCUACAGUUCCUCUUAAAACGGCAAGCGGCUAGUGACAUCUUAGAAGAAGCAUUCCCUCGGGGGUGAGAAUGCUGCUCGUGAGGCAAGUGUGUGGGAACCACAACUCCCAUCAGCCCCUGCUGGCAUGGCCAGCAGCCAGGGAUGAUGGGAGCUGUAGUUCACCAACCUCUGGAGGGCAGAAGGCUUCCCCACACCUGUUCUAAAGGCAUCCUCUAGCCCUUAAGGUGUUGUUAUUGGACUCCAGCUCUUGUUAUUCCUGAUUGUUGGCUGUGCUGACUGCGGCUGAUGGGAGUUGAGAGCCCAACAACCUCCAGAGGGCACCGGGUUGGGGAAAGCUGCUUUUAACACUGGAACUUGCGGACAUCCCCAAGGAGCUGAAUGUUGGAAGGUUCAGGACGGGCAAAAGCAAGUCACUUCUUCACACAGCGCAUAGCUAAACCUAGACGGCUUUAAAAGAGGAUGAGACGAAUUCAUGGAGAAGAGGGCUAUCGAUGGCUAGUAGCCACGAUGACUACACUCUGCCUUUGCAGUCGGAGGCAGUAAUGUUUCUGAAUGCCAGCUGUUGGAAACCACAGGAGAGGGAGAGGACUCUUGUGUUCAGGUUCUGUUUGAGGGCUUCGCAAUGACGUCUCUGGCUGAUCGCUGUGAAAAAAGGAUGCUGCACUGGAUCGGCCCCUGGCCUGAUCCAGCAGGACUUUUCUUAAGUUCUUAGGUUCAUAAGGUGAUGGCGCUUUGCUGUGGCACAACAGAUUCAAUCGAUCCCCUAAGGUUCCUUUAAUCUGGUUCCCCAUCCUUCAGUGCAUCCCGUGUUGCUCUUCCAAAUUCAGCACCAGUUUGCUCCAUUUUGCAGGCUUAAGUUUGCUUUAACGGUUGCUGGAUUUGCUUUGCUUUUCGGGCACAGAAGUUGCUCCUUGGCUUCAGCGAGUAAACACACCAAGCAGGAGUUUUUGUCAAGUGGAAGAGAUCUGGUUCUUUUUGUUUGCUUUCCUUUCCAGGCUGUCUGUGUGUGGAAUAACAGGUUUCACUGGCUUAGCAUACUGUGUGAUAUUUUUCUGCAGGGAGCAGGGAAGGGAUGGAGGUUAGUUCCAGGUACCCACAGCCCUGUUCCCCUACUUCAGAAUUAUUGCUGGGUAGGAUGGGGGCAUGCAAGUUUUGGUCAUUUUGAAACUCACUCAGAGCUGAGCACUAGGUAAAUCUUGGCUUAUGUUCAGCUCUGGGUCCAUGUUGGUCUCAACUUCCCAUGCGCUUCUGGGUCUUUUCUGCACCUGGGGCCUCCAGGAAAUGUGGUCAUGUCACGGCGGCCUGGUUUUGUCAUGCCAGGGUCAGGUCAAACGUGGCCAAACUUGAGUCACUUGUUCCCACAACCAGCUUUUGCCCCAGGCUCUCUGUGUUCCUGGAUCAGAAACACCUGAGCAGCCGCAGUGCGAAAUAUUUCUGCAAAGAGCAGUGUCGGUCACCGACGUGCCCUCAUGGAUGCAGGGCCAAGGAGAAACCAACAACUGCCUGGAGCGAAUGGAAAGUUCUGCCGGGCAUGGAUUUAACUCUCUCUGGUUUCUGUUCUCAGAACGGCAGGCUUAAGCAAAGCCUGUUCAGGUUUGGUUCUUGUAACGCGACAUAUUAUUGAGAGCCAUAUUAUUAUAUUGAGAGCCAGUGUGGUGUAGUGGUUAAGAGCAGUCAACUCGUAAUCUGGGGAACCGGGUUCGCUUCCCCGCUCCUCCACAUGCAGCUGCUGGGUGACCUUGGGCUAGUCACUCUUCUCUGAAGUCUCUCAGCCCCACUCACCUCACAGAGUGUUUGUUGUGGGGGAGGAAGGGAAAGGAGAAUGUUAGCCACUUUGAGACUCCUUAAGGGGAGUGAAAGGCGGGGUAUCAAGUCCAAAACACACACACACACACUCUCUCUCUCUCUCUCUCUCUCUCUCUCUCUCUCUCAUAUAAUGUGCAUUGGCCAGAAUGUUCAUUUGCAUGACAAAUGCCUUUACUUCACACUUCUUGUUCACCUUGACAGGCAGAAGUCACGGGAGGUGGGCUCCAAGCUGUGUUAGAAACUCAGAUAUAUAAGCUAAGCUCCAAAUCGCUCCUUAAAAAGAGGGUUAUGGCCACCAGAACAGAAUACCUAGUUGCUAUUUUGGAGGCAGACGGCUCGAAAGUCGAAUUUUUUCAAUAUGACUUUUUGGUUCCUGAAAUUCAUUCUGAUUGUGCAGAUAAAAUGUAAUGGGUAGAAUUCUACAGGAUGUGCUGCUGGUGCAUGCAAAAAAAAAAAGAAGUCGAGAUUGAUCCAAGGAUCCCCAGACAUGCGCCUACGGAUGGCAGAGAGGUCAGGCGCCAUCCUGGCACCUGGGCAUCUUCACUUGGUCGCAAGUGGCCGAUAGCCAGGUGCAAAGUGCAGCUGACAAAUUUCAGACACUGGUUCCAAGGUAAAACAAGCUUCCCGUGUCAGGAUGGAGAACCUGUGGCUCUUGCUGGACUACAGCUGCCAUCUUGCAAGUUGUGGCUGGUGGGAGCAAAUGAAACAUAGGAAUCUGCCGCAAGAUAAUCUCGUUCAGCAUGGUUUGGAUUACUGUAACUUGGUAGGAUUCUCCAGACUUUCAGACAAGCUGUCUUCCCUCUUAACUGGAGAUACCAUCGGGAAUUGAACUAGCAGCCUGCACUGGCAUUCCUGCCCAACACGCAGACUAAUCUCUGUUGCAGGAAUGUUAGUGCAGUUUUUAUUUUAUUUAUUGGAUUUAUAUACAGUGGUACCUCGGGUUAAGUACUUAAUUCGUUCCGGAGGUCCAUUCUUAACCUGAAACUGUUCUUAACCUGAAGCACCACUUUAGCUAAUGGGGCCUCCUGCUGCAGCAUGAUUUCUGUUCUCAUCCUGAAGCAAAGUUCUUAACCCGAGGUACUAUUUCUGGGUUAGCGGAGUCUGUAACCUGAAGCGUAUGUAACCUGAAGUGUAUGUAACCCGAGGUACCACUGUACUGACCUAUACCCGGAGGUCUCAGGGCAGUUCACAGAAAAGAUCACAAUAUAUAAAAUCAAAACAAGAACAAUAACCCAAUAAUAACUCCUCCCCCCCCCCCCGCAAAAAGAGCCACAUUUUAAAAGGGUAUAGGAUGUCCAUCAGGUCAACCAAAGGCCUGGAUAAAAAGGAACGUUUUUGCCUGACACCUAAAGGUGUAUAAUGAAGGCGCCAGGCGAACUUCCCUGGGGAGAGCAUUCCAGAGACGGAGAGCCACUGCAGAGUAUUAUUUUGCUUCAUUCCUCCUAUCCUACAGUGACUUGCACCCUGAAAGCUAAAUAAACGUAUCUGUGUGCAUCGCACGACGCACGCAAACAUGACUUCUAGAGCACAAUACUCCCAAGGUAGCUAAGUGCAACGAGAUACUACAGCGCAUGAUGAUAUUGACAUAGUUACCGUGGUUAGUUAUUAACUAUAAAUGGAUAAUACACCUGUUACGCCUAGGAGGGCAGGUUCUGGGGGUCGCUCCAUUAUCCUAUCUAAUGUGCCGUGUGUGAGACCUUCCUAAAAGCGGAGAGAAAGGAGAAAGGUGAGGUGACCUGCCUAAGAAACACAUCCUGGGGCACAAGCCCUAGGCAUGGAGCCCUGCCUCAGAUUAGGACCCCUCAAUGCCAAGAUUCUCAGGCCUUCUUGCCCUUGGGACUGAGUCUCCUAGGGAGGACCACUUCCUCCCAGUCCUGGCAGCGAACGGGUGAUCUGGCAGCAGAGCUCAGAGCCUGUGUAAUUAAGUCUCCCUGUCAAUCUCUCCCUCCCUGCUUGGCACUAGUCCCCUGAGUUUAUGUAACAGGUAUAAUUGUUUAAUGCUCGCUUAAGAACACACACAAACUCUUGCUAUGUCAAUAGGCCGCCGUGGAGCAUAUUAGAGAAGGUCUGGGGUGGGGCCCGCCGAGAGGUGCUCCCCAGAGUGUGUCACGGACCGAGACAGCUGUCUCAGCACAUGGAGGUGUGUGUGCACAUGUGUAUAUGCACACAGGCACCUCAAGGGCGUGCUUCCCUGGUUCUUCCUCUGCGCAUGAUAGAGCAAUGUGCUAUUAGUUCGCCUUUAGGGAUGCGACGCGCGUGGGAUGUUUGGCGCAUGAGCUCACACCCGCAGCACACCGUCAGAGCGCUUUUGUGUCGCAUUUAAAUAUUCGUGGCUUCCCACUGAGUCCACAGCCAGCCCUCAGCAGAGGACCCCAAAUAGUGACACUGUAAGGUUCCCAAUUUAUUUCCCUGUCCGUAAGUCUAUAAAGUCAUUGUCCUUAGAUUGGUGUCAGGCAGGGACCCCUUUGAAGCAGCCUCUCACCAGUUUCAGGCCCACGUUUUCAGUUUUGAAUGGCAUACCCCAGUCGUGCGAGAGUGAUGGCUAAGGGUGCUGCUGAGCAUGCACAGAGUGAAUUCCUUUCUUGCCUAAGUAACUGCAACUGGUCUCCACAUGUUUAAGAUUGGAGGGCAGGACUUCCACAUCGUGCUUUCAAGAGACUGUCAUAUGCUCACCCCCUUUUCACAAAUAAAUAUAAUUGAUAGGGAAGGACAUUAGAGAAAAAUGAGGGGGUCUAAUAAUAAUAAUAAUUUUAAAAAAAAUCAAUGGGACACUCCAGCUAAUCUAAGUACAGUGGUACCUCGGGUAAUGAACUUAAUUCGUUCCGUAGUUCCGUUCUUAACCUGAAACCGCUCUUAACCUGAGGUACCACUUUAGCUAAUGGGGCCUGCUGCGCCACCGCCUUGCAAUUUCUCUUCUCAUCCUGGGGCAAAGUUCUUAACCCGAGGUACUGCUUCCAGGUUAGUGGAGUCUGUAAGCAAAACCUCCACAAAGAAUGUUGUUUCUGUGGUUUGGAAUCUCCAGGGAGAGAUUUAAAAACAUAUUUCCUAAGCUUGCUUCCUGGUUACGUUCCCAAGUGAAGUAAGAUGAGCAAAAGCAUUUCGUCGAAGCCUUCAUCCUUCUAUUUGUGCAAUGCAGUUUUGUGUGCGAAAACAAAUCCCCUAAAUAAUGUUGCUUUCUAUGGUUUGGAAUCUCUGUGGACGGAGACAGUCUAUCAGAGUAAUACUUGCGGAGGGGAGUGGCAGCGCAUGCCCUUUUUGUGAGCUUAUCAGGGGCAUCAGAUGGGUCACUGUGGGAAGCAGGAGGUUGGGCAAAGAUGGAUCUUUGCUGCCAACCCUGGCAGAUUCAGAGCUAAGGAGUCACAGCGGUGAUGCCCAGAUUGGCGUUGGAAGGAGUGCUUGGGGCAGUGUUGUUUUUCUAGAAAAAAACAGGUCCUGGAACUCACCCUUGUUCUCUUAUAAUGGCAAUGGCGCCCGCCUGAGAGGGGCCAGAACUGAGUUCUGGUGAGUUCCAGCUGAAAAAAACACACCAUGGCUUGGGAACAGAAAGAGGUUUCUGCUCCUCCUCCUCCUCCAUCACCACUCCUUUUGUGAUUCAGGGUUCAGCUGUGUUUGACUAGCACCCAGAGCUGGCAGCUUAGAGGAAGAAGGAGGGUCCUGGCUGGGUGGAAGCAGGAAGAGUCGGCUGCAAGAGCUCGCUUGCCACGGCUGGCACGCUGGUACAUUCAGUGCUCCGCCGCCACCAACUGUUUGUGAACACAGCAGAGAUGAUGACAUAACCAGGGAUGGGCAAUGCCAAGGAUGGCAGAUCCAGCUGGCGUGCCACUUGCUGGGAGCAACAGAGGUGCCCUUGCAGCACUUGCUUUUGUCCCUCCUCCAUGGCCCAGCCCCUUGUUCCUGUCUCCACAGAGUGACUGAAGGUUGCCAUUCUAAAAGGCAGCAUAGACACUCAUGGGGGUGAGGGGAUGCCUGCUUCAUCAUAAGACAAACCAGAGUUUGUCCUCCGAAACCUGUUUUCUCCAGUGUUGAGGUUAUCAUACGAGUCAGUGGGUGUAUUUCUGAGCACGUGCGGAGUGCCACUCCCUCGCCGCUGGGCAGCAACCAGCUGCCACUUAAUUGAGGCGAAGGGUAUGUAAGUGAAAGGGCAUAACCAGGACCCGAGUGUGUGCUGUGGUUCUGCGCAGACACAGAAACUGGCAUCAAAUAAUCGAGAAAACUUCAGUGUUGUAAAAAGCAACUUUCUGGUCCUCAAGAUGGAAAAUGCACGCUUGGAACGGUGUGGGUCAGGCUAGGUGAAAUCUCAGAAGCUCUUCAGUGCCGCCAGUUUUGGUGGGGAAAGCCACUCAGGACAUGCUCAGGGGCUCGCUCCGUUGCAAUGCAGGUGGAUGCAAGGUAUACAGAAAUGUCUUGAGAGCUAAGCCCUGGAGAACUAUUUGUUCAGAUUAAGCCCUUCAGUAGACAGCGUUGCAAGGAGGGCUUGUUUGUUUGCUUGGCUGUCGCCGGUCACUUCCAUAACUCAGGGAAGUUUUCCAUGUUUGCAGUAAACUCAGCUAGACUAGAAACGGGUGGCAGAGAGCACUUAACAUUCUGGGAGACGCCUGCUUUGCAAAGGUUCACGUGCCCUUGCAUGCAUGCAUGGCCUUCUUGAACUCUCUCACACCACGGCCGGUAACUUUCCACUCCAGCCUGAGCAAAGCAGGUGGGCAGGUGGGCUGCAUGGCGAUUUACUGCUGGUUAGACCCAGUGCUUCACAGCUGGGCACACUGAGUUGGUGGAAUCCAGAGGUAGGAUGGCAGAGUGGACUGUACCACUUCAUGGUAGAGGUGUCAGGCCAGCGGAGGGUACCAUUUUCUCAAUCCUCCCUCAUUUAAAACAAACAUAGGUUCCUGCCAACAGAAAACUAGCAGAACAGGGAAUGAACUAGACUAGAACCUCACCCCCCUAAUACAUUAGUGUGAGUAGUAGUUGUUUUCUAACUUGCAAUCACUUUGUUUUUAAGUGAGAAAGGAACUUCCUCCUCUGCCCCCAUUCCAUGCACACAGUCUGAAGUGGUACAGUUCUUUCCCCCCCCAUUUUAGGGCUCCACUACUUUGGUGCACAGAUUGGGUAAAAUGAAUGAGGUAGAAUAACAUUGUUUAUGCUAAUUAAUCACGUAAACGUUUAUGCUAAUUAAUCACGUAAACGUUUAUGCUAAUUAAUCACGUUUCGCCACAGCAGACCGUGAGAUGAAUAACGUAGCUUUUGUUUGGUAGGUGAACUCGUGUUGCAUGCGACAAAGGCAGGGCAGAACAGGGAGCGAUACUUAGAAUUAUAGAAUCGUGAAGGUGGAAGGGGAACCCCAAGAGACAAUGUAGUCCAACCCCCUGCAAUGCAGGAAUCUUCUUCCAUUGUUAGUACUGCAUGGGCAGAGAUUGCAGCGCUUCUCAAGCAAUGUGUAGCUGAAGCCUAGAGCUUGUAGCCUCUAGUCCAGAAGCAACCAUUGCUCCUGGUUCGGGUGGCCCCUCUAGUUCUGCCAACUUAACGCCUCCCUGCCCACAUCCCAAUCUGUAGCCAUGCCCCUCCCCACCACUGAAGAUGCAGGUAUGAAGUAAUAGCAAAGGUGAAAGUACCUCUGAGCAUGUGCAGAGUGCCUUUCCUCUCACUACUGGGGGGAAAUGCAACCUGGCCCCCAUCACAUAAAAUUAAGGAGCAGGUGGUCUUUCCAGGGACUGGUGGCAGGACUCUAAGCUAAACCUGAACCCUAGCAAAAUCUCUGUCGCUAACCACCCACCAAAUGCCAGCGCUGUUCCUCUUCUUCACACCCCAUGCUAGCACUCUGAGAACAACCCAAAAUUAUUAUUAUUUAAUUUGGGGGGGGUGUAGGAUUUUGAAGCUCACCGCUUAUUCCAGCCUUCCUAAACCUAGAGUUUUGGACCACAGCUCACACCAGCCCCAGCCAGCACUGUAACAGUUGGUGGUAUGAAAUGUCAUGGAAUAUCAGCUGGGAGCUGCAGGAGAUGGACCAAUUGCAAGCAAAGCAGGAUGCCUGCCCUGGAACUUUUGCAGCUGCAAGCAGUACUGAAAGCACAAAUAAUCACAAAAAGGACCCAGAAUGUCCUGGGAAGGUGAAACGUUCCCUCCAUUGGCUUUUGAAUAUUACCGUUUCAAUAAAUGCCAGUUUGGGGUCUAAUCCUCCAAAUCAGUCAGUUUCUGCAGACAUAUCUUCUUUAAGGAGGCAGCUAUUCUUUAGGAGGGCAGGGAGCUCCUCUCCCCUCUCCCAUCCCUAAAUCCCCCCUCUCUCCUUCACUCAGAAAUUCUUGCCUCUUCCUCCCUCUCUACUCCUCCUUCCGCUGGCCUGGUGUCAGCUGGCCCUGACCAAACACUGGGCUUGGCUGCUGGGUGGAAGGGGCUGUCGGCCUCCCGGCUGGCAUUGCACACGCCUCCUUCACAUGGGCACGCGGCGCACCAUCUGGCUCCGUCUGGGACAGACACCGAGAAGGCCAGCAAAGCAGCUGGGGUGCUCCUGAGGGCAAGCGGUUAUUUCUUUCACCCGUGCACAGCCUUGAGACGGGAGCAGGCGCAAGAGUAUGAGGCAGCGUGGAUAACGGGGGAUUUUGUCUGCCCCGAUAUCCCACUGACUUGGUACGCCUAUUCACUAGGAUUGGAGGCAAUCUGUUACAUGUCGUUUGAGAACUGAAAGCGACCCAAGCUAGCAGCGAAUAUUAGUCAUGUUCUCCGGGUUGAUUUCCAUUGUGGACACGGGAUGAAUAAGCAAACAUCGGCCGUUUCCACUCAACAUUUCUGUUCUUGUUGGAAUUCUCUGUCAUCCCUUCCUACCUAUAUGCGUGCCUGGCAUGCAACGUAAGAAUCAGCAGAGCAGAGUCCCAGAUAGGAGGAAAACCCAAUGCAUUCUUCCCUAGCACGAUGGGCCUACCAGAACCUUCAUGCAAAUAUAGCCACUGAUUUAGAGGCGGAUAAGUUGGAGGACGACAUGCAUUGUCUUGAAGAAGCCUGGUUUUUGAAACAUGCUGGGAUACAUGGGCAUUGCAGUCAACCUUCCCUUUUUUUGCGGGAAAUCCCCUUAUUCCAGCACCGUUUCCCGCUGCUAUCCCGGAUUGUUAGAUAUCCCGUAGACUGUCCCCAGGACAGGUGAGGCUGCUGAUCCCUUAUUUUCAAAUCUGAAAGUUGACAGCUAUGUACAUGGGGGACGUGCGGCCCUGCAGAUGUUGCUCUGACCACUGGCCAUGCUGGCUGGGGGAGUUGGAGUCCAGCUUCCAACAAGUAGAGGGCCACAUGUUCCUUCCCCCUGCCCUAAUAGAUACAGGUGUGUUCAGGGGUAGGAUGUCCCAUUUUGCCACCUGAGGCAAAACAGGAAAUUGCUGCCUUGUGUGUGUACCACCCCUUGCUGCUUCCACCGAAACCACUUCCUAGGGUCGCAUGGCUGCAGCUUCUGGGUUCUGGUGAGAUUUCGCAAGGCCUCUGUGCGAUCUCGCAGGGCUCUCACAAGAUCUCACUGGAACCCGGAAGCCGACACAGCCACAUCUCCUCGCUUCCUUGGCGGCAGCAGCAGCCGGGUACCAGCAGAGAUGAUCCUAGGAUUCCACCACAUGAGGCAGCUGCCUCAGUCUGCCUCACGAACAGACCCGGCCCUGGGUUUGUGCCUUUGUGGGACAUGAGGUUCAAGAACAGAGGAGCCUUUGGAGGAUGCUGUUGUUAUAAAAAGGACCCUCUUCCUUCACUUUUCACCCCAGAAGCAGUCACACCCAUCUCUACACACAUCCUGUAAAUUCCUUCUUCAUAUGGUGCAGACAGUCUUCCUCACCCUGCUGUCCUGCAGGUUUUAUUGGACUACAACUCCCAUCAUCCCCUAACCAUUGACCAUACUACCUGGGUCUUUGUGGGAGAUGGAAGUCAGAGCCAGAUAGUGUUCUUCUUAAGCUCUUGCAUCAUCUCUUUCAAGUAUCUUUGGGGGGAAAGGAAUAAUUUUUAGCCAGUCAUGUGCCACAUCCGGUGGUUGUAGUAACCUGGCAGUGUGAACGCACUGCAAAUCCCAUGUGACUGGUGUGACCCCACAGCGCUGUCAGUUUAAUGGCACGGAACACAGUCCCAGCCACACACUCCCAUAAAACACACUCUUCGGGAAUUUGCAUUGCAACUUAACCAAUCCAUUUCUAUAACGGUUCUUAUUUUGCUGCCUGACUCUGAAAACCCAAGACCAGCAAAUAGCAGCAGGGAUCAUUAAGCUCCCCUCUCUGUAACCCCAGGGCAUGCCUGUAUUCAGUUACCAAAUAGCUCAACCAAGAAGCAUGCAGAGGGCAUUUGGACUGGGCUGCCAUAACCCCAAGUGACCCAGAAGAAUUGCCUUGCAGAGCUGCUCCUAUAUUAAGCCACCCCAGGGAAGGAGGGAGGCUGGGACUUUGCCAUCUUGGGGUGGGGCAGAAUGAGAGGCACUUGUCGGCAUGAGACUCCGCAGCUGAAAACAGGACCACUUUUGAAGAGGAGCAAACUUUUCCAGUGUCAGCCUAGGCUUGUUUCUUGCAUCUGAUCUGAGCUAGGAGGGAAUGUUGCCAUUUUGCUCUCCCAGCCCAGCACACAUGGGUUGCCACUGUUCUCGUAAGGCAGGGGCAGGCAGCCUCAGACCCAGGGGCAAGUGGCCCCUGAAAGGUUGCUCAGAAGAGAAUGUGGCCCUCGGGUUGGAAAAAGUUCCCCACCCCUGUCAAAAAGAGAGCUGGGUUUAACCAUAUGGCAAGGUCCUUUCUUCAUUUGACAAGGUCACCGAGCCCACUGACAGGUCAGGUAUUCCAAUAAUACCACUCUGUAGAUCAGGCUUCUCCAGAUUUUUUUAGACAACAGUUCCCAUCAGCUUCGGGGCUGGGGCUGAUGGGAAUUGUAGUCCAAAGCAUCCAGGGGGCAUCUAGUGAGGGAAGGCUGGUGUACAGUAGGUAAUUGAAACAACAAAAUAGAUAAAACCACUGGAAAAGUUAAAACUGACAGCACAAGCAGAAGACUAAAAUCAGUAAGCCUGCUGACCAUAAAAACGGAUAGAUCCAAAUGGGGCCCAAAUUGAGUUUAAAGGCCUUGGUAAAUAAGUAGGGCUUAGCUUGCCACACAGUCUUGUCUCCAAAGCUUUCCUUCAACCCACUAGUGCUCUGCUGCACCUCCAAGACCUCAGCUCCUCUUAUCCCUGCCCUCUUUAUUCUCUGCACCACUGCCACCAAGUACACACACCGCUCAGCCAGUCGGGGCUGAUGUGUGCAGGGUGUGUUCAUCACUUUGGUGAUGGGCAAAUUUGCCAAUUUCACGUUCCAGACUUAAGUUCCAACCUUAAGUUCCGUUCUCCCUGUUUCCACAUCAGUUUGCAAUUUUAUUAAUUUUUUUAAUCCCCAUGAAAACUUGCUAGCAGUGCCCAUUUCUCCUAACGUACACAUGCUGGUGCACAGUUUUCGCCUUUUGCACACAUCUGUGCAAAGCAGUGUCUUCCGAUAAGAGUGCAUUUUUGUACGCCGUUUUCACUAACAUAAGCACAUUUUAUCCUAACAUACACAUAUUUUAUUUUAUUUUUGUUUUUGUUUUUUUAAAUGAUAUUUAUUAAAGUUUCCAAUAAAAACAGAACACAUCAGUAAAAGAAAAUUAAAAGUAAAAAGAAAAAUACACAAUACAAAAAUACACAAUACAAAAUACCAAAAAAAACAAAAGAAAAAACAAUUAAAAACAAUACCACCUUUUCAUCACCACUUUUGAAUUUACUUAUUUUCUGGACCUCCUCAUACCUCCUCUUUUUGUAUUCCAGUUCAAUUUGUUUGUCCAGCAAUUUCUUUCCCUCUUUUUAAUCCCAAUCCUUAAUCUUAAUAUGGUAUAACAUUAAAUUCUUAUCUAUUAAUAGCCAAUUUUCCGUUCUUUUAACCUUUUAUGCCUAAUCCUUAAUCUUAGUCUAUAUAUAACUUUAACGCCUGUACAGCUAGAAACCACUUAAUUUCAAUCCAUCAUCACUCUAACAUUCUUUGAUUUUGCAAUGUUUCUGUAGAUAAUCUUUAAAUUUCUUCCAAUCUUCUUCCACCGACUCUUCUCCCUGGUCACGGAUUCUACCAGUCAUUUCCGCCAGUUCCAUAUAGUCCAUCAGUUUCAUCUGCCAUUCCUCCAGUGUGGGUAGCUCUUGUGUCUUCCAAUACUUUGCAAUGAGUAUUCUUGCUGCUGUUGUAUUUUAUUUUUGUAUACGUUACUUGGCUGGAGAGCAAGCACUGCGAAAUUCAGGAAAGUGUGAAUUUCUAAGGAUGGCUCUGUGUCACUUCACGUAUGAUGUCGGAAAGUAUGAAUUAGAUACUCCGCCCUGACUUGCAACAUCAAGUGAUGACCUGCAUAUGGGAACAAGAUCUAUCACAGGUCCUACACCACCGUUUCUACCUCAUUUUUGUUCAGGACCAAACUAGAUGUUUGCUGAAGUUGUAGCAUGCAGCUACAUAACUUGUAGUGUUUUUUCCUUCCUUCCUUCCUUCCUUCCUUUCUUCCUAUUUAUUUAUUUCGUUUAAUUUCUGGACUGCCUAUGGACCAAAGUCCUCUGGGCAGCUUAGAAAAAACAAUGAAAAUAGAUGCUGUCAGAGGAAUCAUGGCUCUGAAUGCCAAUAUCUGGGAAUGACAAGUUGGGAAAGAACUCAGUUCUCACUUGCAGGAUUCCAAGAGGCAAGAGGGUAUUGUGGGAGCACAGUGCUGGAGUAGGUGGGUCUAUACAAUAUAUAAUACCAUACAAACCGUUAAAUAAUCUUGAUGCAAAUAACAUUAGAAUAGCAUUCCUAAGUGAGAGGGGAGGAGAUCCUUGUUUCUUUGCUAACAUUUGUCAAUCUUGGGAGACGAUGGAGGUGUGCGCCUUUGGGGGUGAGGUCAAGCUGUUGGACGGUUGCAGCGCCUGCUGUGGCUGUAGAGACCGAUAUAGGAAAGACAUGCUUUUUUGCAGCUGGGGCAGAUGAAGGCGUCCGGCUGUUCCACUGCAGAUGCACCAUGGCAUUUCUUCUCUCUGUCCUCCUCCCAGUGGCCAUUUCUCCUCCGGUCACUGCUUGUUGUUUGUUGUUGUUUAGUCAUGUCCGACUCUUCGUGACCCCAUGGACCAGAGCACGCCAGGCACUCCUGUCGUCCGCUGCCUCCCGCAGUUUGGUCAGACUCAUGCUGGUAGCUUCGAGAACACUGUCCAACCAUCUCGUCCUCUGUUGUCUCCUUCUCCUUGUGCCCUCCAUCUUUCCCAACAUCAGGGUCUUUUCCAGGGAGUCUUCUCCUCUCAUGAGGUGGCCAACAUAUUGGAGCCUCAGCUUCACGAUCUGUCCUUCCAGUGAGCGCUCAGGGCUGAUUUCCUUCAGAAUGGAUAGUUUUGAUCUUUUUGCAGUCCAUGGGACUCUCAAGAGUCUCCUCCAGCACCAUAAUUCAAAAGCAUCAAUUCUUCUGCGAUCAGCCUUCUUUAUGGUCCAGCUCUCACUUCAGAUGCACGACUUGACUGCCUGCCUCCAGGCACUGCAGUUGCCUGUAACGGAUUCCCACAAGGCAGGGUUGACGGCGCCAUCCUUCGUGCCACGUUUGCAAACAUCUUUGUAACGCAGAGUUGCUCCACCAACGGGCCCGGUGCUGGACGCCAGCUCUCCACAGAGCGCCUCCUUGGGGUAUCCUUCCCUCUUGCAUCCUGUGGGCACAACCAAGCCUGCGUAGAAGUCGCUGAGACAGGAGUACGAACAUGCUGGGAAUGUGGGAACAGAGAGCACACAGAAAGGAGACAUGUAACUUAGGAAGAAAAAACGGGUUAAGCAAAGCAGCCUUCAGGUUUCUCUUGCCUUUGGAUGGCUUCUCAGCCCCAUUGCAGGGUAGCUCUCUGAUGUUUCCCUGGGGUCUCUCUCUCAGUCUGGCCUUUGAGCCAAGCCCCCAUUUGGAUCCACCAAUAGCUCUUCACCUCACCCCCCAUGCUUGCAAUUCUCCACACGUUGCUUCCUGACAUCUGGAAUUUCCCGAAAUUUCUCGCCCCAUUAAUCACCCAUCUGCAUCAUCCCAGGCUGGUGAACCCGGUGGCCGUUGCCAAGUAGGAAGAUCACAGCCUGUUCUUUGGGCAACCUGAGGCCACCUGGUCACUGCUGCAUCCGCCCCACCACCACUGCAAGAGGGGUGUGUGCCACUACGAAGCCCCCCGCUUUGAGAGUUUCCGCACUGGGGCUGCCCAGGAGUUGUAUGGCAGCCAGCUUGCCUUGAUUAAUCAUUUACUUUUAAUUCUAACAUUUUCCACCCUCUCGUUCUAGAAAAUGACCAAGGCCGCUUCAAAACAUAAAAUAAAAUAAUUGGCAGUCGGGAUCGAAUUUUCUGAAAACCUCAAUGUUGAGCUUGACUGCACUGCCUUUUUUCUAAUUCCCAUCUUGAGCUCGACAAGAAUCAAGGCUGGGUGGUUUUGGUGUUUGGUUUUGGUUUUGGCAUGUUCUGCUGAAAAUGCAAAUAAUUCUCGCAUGAUUGUAUGCAUUAUAAUAUUCUGCUCUAGUUGGAACAGAGAUAGUUUUUGUAUCUGUAUAUUAUAUUGUUGUACUCUGUCCUAAGACAGGUGAAGGACAGUUAAGAAAUCAUAUACAGUGGUACCUCAGGGUAAGUACUUAAUUCGUUCCGGAGGUCCAUUCUUAACCUGAAACUGUUCUUAACCUGAAGCUCCACUUUAGCUAAUGGGGCCUUCUGCUGCUGCUGCGCCGCCGGAGCACGAUUUCUGUUCUCAUCCUGAAGCAAAGUUCUUAACCUGAAGCACUAUUUCUGGGUUAGCGGGGUCUGUAACCUGAAGCGUAUGUAACUUGAGUUACCACUGUAUGUAAAUAAAUGUAUAACGCUAUGUACAUUAUUGUACGUACAUGCACUCCAGGUUUCCUGAUGUAGUCAGCACAUAAAGAGAUACAUAGAACCAUGCAUGUAAUUGUAUGAAAAUGCAUAUUCAGUUAUGCUGUAGAAAUGCAAAACUGCACAGGGCUUGAUUCUUUUUUGCGCAUAAUAUAAGGGAUUUUUGUUCCGUUUGAUUUUGCACGUAAAUAAUUGGGCUUAAAUCGAGAGUGCACAGGUGGCUCGGAUAUAAGCAGGUGCUUGAUGCAAGAGGAGAUUUGAUACAGACAAGGCUUGGUUGGGUCAGAGUUGCUAAAUUCCAUAUAUAAAUUUGUUUCGAAUGGAUUUCCAUCCCUAUCCUUACCAACAAAUAACAAGAGAAGUCAUCCAGCAAACAGCAAGAAAAUUACAACAGUGCUUAUGAGGGCAGCUGCAACAGCAUAUUUAAAAUGGUUGCCACACACACACACCCCACCAUGGGGGAGCUUCAUGCUCCGGCACUGGGGGGUGGAGAGUAGGUGGGGCAGGGCUGGCAUGCGUCCCGGGGGCGUGGCACGCCACCUGCGGGGGCAUGGUGCCCAGCGUGGGCGGGGGGCAGCCGCGAUGGCACCCCACCGGGAUGGCGCUGCCGGGGGCGGUACGCUCCCCCCGCACUCCUCUUCCUUCGCCAGUCCCCCACCCUCCAAAAAAAAUGCAUUGCUGAAAUAAAGUCGUCUUCUCAUUGUAGCAGUGCAGCUGGGCAGGCCCUCUCUUGGGAGACCACACCAAAUUCUGGGAGCCACCACCAAGGAGGCUCUGUAUGUGUCGUGCUCGCCUGCAGCUGUGUAUCAGCCUGGGGCUUGCUCAGAGCCUGGAUAGGUGACCUUUUGGGAACCAUGGUAGAAGAAAGGCAGAAAAUAAUUAAACAAACAAGCCAGAAGAGCCAAUGCUAUUAUACAGCCACAGACCUGGUAAUAAGAAAAUAGAUAAGAAGUGCACACUGUGCUGAUAUAGGAGAAUGUGAUUAUUAUUAUUAUUAUUAUUAUUAUUAUUAUUAAAUUGAAGCAUAAUGACCAUUACUAACAACCCAAAAGAACAGUAGCAUCCAUCAUACUGAGGAGGAGGAGGAGGAGGAGGAAUGGUAACACAUCAAUAUAACUCAAAACAUCUAUAUUUCCUGUUCUGGCAUGGACAGUGAAUGCUGGUCAACUGAGUCGAAAGCAUGAGAAAUAAAAUCCCACUAGAUGACCUAGGAGUGUUCUUGAUCCUCUUUCCCCCUGGAGACCAUCAGUUUAGGUGUUAUUUUUCCCGCAGCAAGUUCUUAUACGACAAAGACAAAUGUAGAUUUUUCAAGGUUUUCCAUUGUUUGGGCUAUUGAAAUCCUAGCUGCAACUAGCAUCCAUGUCAAAAGUUCUUGAGAGCUUUCAUGUUGUCCGUCCACAUAUCCGAGUAACGACAGUUGUCCAGAAGCCUGAAAUUUGAUUAUUUUAGAUAUUCUCUUGAUAACCUUGGGACCGGAAUGAUGAGACUGAGAGGGCAUUCCCUCCAGAGAUGGAAAAACGUGCUUGGAUCCCAAAGGGAUGUGUGAUUCUUGAGAUACUACAUUACUAGGCUGUUAGACUUUUAAGGUUAAGACCAGCACCUUGAAUUUGGCCUGAAACAAAUGGGCAACCAGUGUGGCCCAUCUAGCUUAUUAUUUGCUGCUCUGACUGGCAGUGACCCUCCUGGAUGUCAGACAGGAGUCUCUCCCAGCUCUACCUGGAAAUAAUAAUAAUGAUAAUGAUAAUAAUUAAUUUAUACCCCGCCCAUCUGGCUGAGUCUCCCCAGCCACUCUGGGCGGCUCCCAAUCAAGUGUUAAAAACAAUACAGCAUUAAAUAUUAAAAACUUCCCUAAACAGGGCUGCCUUCAGAUGUCUUUUAAAAAUAAGAUAGCUGCUUAUUUCCUUGACAUCUGAAGGGAGGGUGUUCCACAGGGCAGGCGCCACUACCGAGAAGGCCCUCCGUCUGGUUCCCUGUAACCUCACUUCUCUCAAUGAUGGAACCGCCAGAAGGCCCUCGGCGCUGGAUCUCCGUGUCCGGGCUGAACGAUGCCAGAAACUGAACCUGGGACCUUCUGCUUGCAUAGCAGAUGCUCUGCCGCUGAGCUACAACCCAGCUCAAGUUCAGGACAAUGUGAUCUGCACUGCUGGCUCCACUCGGUCGCCCUGGCCACUGCAUUCCGAACCCAUUGCAGUUUCCAAAUUACCACCAAGGGCACCUCCACACCGAGCAUAUUGCAGCAAUCUAACCUCGGAACUGUCAUUUGAGAGCAGCUGAAACUUUUCUCCCUGCUGAAACUCCCUCUUCUGCACAACUGGGGCUGCAGCUUUGGCAUACAACGUGCCACGCAGGCUCUCCGGGGCCAUUUGAGGUCUGCCCUAACCCUCACUUGCCUUGGCAGCUGCUGCCCGCAGGAAGGCAUUCAGCUGUCCUCGUGCUCCAUCCACAAACUGGCUUCUAGGAAUUCUUGGCUAUCCGACACUUGGAGGAGGCCUCCUCCUCCUUCCCUGGUGGUCAGAGAGCCAUCCCAGCAGCUGCUUAAAGAAGCCACAAACCCAGUAAAGUAAAUAUCUCCCUCUCCCCUUCCCCCAUUGCUCCAACUGUGGCAGCUUUCAUAUCACACAGGAAUCUUCAGUGCCCUUUUAAAAAGAAAAGAAAAAUCAGACAAACGGAUAGAGAAGAGUCUUUUGACACUGGGUUUUUUCCAGUGCUUGUCAGCCUCACUGAAAUUAAUAGACAUGGCUAACUUGGGUCUCGUAAUUUCAGUGGGUAUACUCUUAGUGGGCAUUAAUGCAAUGAUUGAUUGAUUGAUUGAUUGAUUGAAUGAUUGAUUGAUUGAUUGAUUGAUUGGAUAGGUUUCCCAUGAGGCUUCCUGGAAGCAAUUUACAGUACAGAAGAAACACACACAAAAUAAUUGUGUUUGUUUUAAAAAUGAUAAUGAAAUAUUUACAUAUAUAUAAGCAAUGGGUUGCAUUAAACUGAGUUCUGCACAGAGUAGACCCUUUGAAAUGAAUGUACCUAAGUUAGUCGUGCCUAUUGACUUCCAUGGGUCUGUUCUGAUUUGUGUAGGGUUUACUCCUUAGCCUUUUCUUCUCCCGAAGAUGUUCCUGCAAGGCAGCCGGUGUGAAUUUUACCUUGUGAUUUACACCCAAAGCCUUUCUCACGAAUGAGUAUAGCUGCAACAGUGGAACAUUUAUAAAAUCAGUUCAGGCCGCAUCUGCACUGUACAUUUAAAGCGGUAUCAUACCACUUUAAACAGUCAUGGAUUCUUCUCCCCCCCCCCCCAAAAAAAAGAAUCCUGGAAACUGUAGUUUGUAAAGGGUGCUGAGAGUUGUUUGAAGGGGCCUAUUCCCCUCUAAAGUUCCCAGCAUGAUUUAACAAGCAGCCCCUCUUCCUAGGGAACUCAUUCUGAUGAGAGGGAGAUGAGAUGAGAUGAUGUUGGCUAUUUAAUGAACAUUCUUUCUUGAUUUGUCAAUAGUGAGAAAUUAGAUGAUGUUGCGUCAAAGCAAGUGUUACCUGCGCUUUCCGGUAUAUUCCCACGUCACUUCCCUUAUUGCAAAAAGCCCAAUCUCCCGGGGAAAGCGAGUUUGUUGCGCAAAACCUCCCAGGCAUCUAAAAUUUCAGAAGUAGGGUUUGCCCAAUAUAGGACUGAGGGCUUAUCCACACCUCCAUCUGCCUCACCUCUUUCCCCCACCCUGGGAAAACCCACAGUUUGGGCCGAAUCAGAACAAAACAACAAUCUGAUUUUCUGCAGAUUGCCACUGUUAGUUCUCAUGGAGCGCUAAGGAGUGGGUUUUCCAGGGAGCAAAGGCAAAACCACUCAGAGCCAUGUCCAGAAAGGAGGGGGAGAACAAAAUACACUGGGAUCUGCGCUCUCUAGGGCCCAGGACAAGAGGAAUUGUGGAAGAGCUCAGAAUCCCAUCUGGAAACAGCAACAACCUGGAAACCUCCUGUUGGAAGUUUGGGUGCAACUCAGCUUGCGGAAGAGGGGUUUGCAUAGGGUUAAAGCAGGUCCCCAGACUCUCUCUGUACCUUUAACCUAGUGCCUUACUUCUCCAUCACCUUGUUGAUUGGACUGAUAAGUCUUAGGCUGCAUCCUGCUUGCCAUUUCCUCCUCCUCCUCCUCACUCUUCUCUCUCAGACCUCAAGGUGAGAGGUCAUCUGUAGCUAACCUCUGAGAAAGGAAAGGAGCAAGCAUGGCUGCCAUGCACUCCUCUAGACUAGUUGAUCAGACUAGAGAGAGAAACGGUUCUAUUCACGUUAGACACAGUGGCAUCGUGCCAGUUGCUGGAGCCAAGGGCGGGUCGGUGCCAGGCAGGGGUGCCAGCCCAGCCCCUGCCGCUGGAGCAACACCACCCCUGCUGGAGCAAAGUAGGGCCAAGCUGAACUGCCUGCCUGCUCAGGCAGGGGGGAGCCUGGCCAGCUAAUACAGCCCUUGGCAAGUGGAGACGAGCCCCAGCCCACUGGGGGUGCCUGGUUUGCACCUCCUGCCACCCCAGUUAGGCAUUUCCUAUAGUAAACAGCUUUCUUAUUUUCUUCCCUACAAGUGUCUUCUCUAUGUCUGUGAUUGCGAGAGGUAAAGUCAACUCUCUAACCAACGUGCCCUAGCUGAACGCUGCUCACUCUUGCAUAUGAAAAAAGCUUCCGUAGGUGAUUGGACCCUGUUAUUUCAACGCCGCCGCCUCUGUCUGUCUUCCUGCGCAGUCUCCUGAUAUCUGAAUGCUGGGUUGGCACUGUGUACUUCUGGACUCUCAUCUCUGUGUGGGUGUGCAGCCUGCCUGCGUUCCAACUGUGUUCAUGAUUGCAAAAACACGCUGAGCGUAGAGCAAUUUGGGUACAGUUAUAGAACCGUAAUUACGUUUUCUGCUGUCGCCUGGGUCUGUGUGCGGUGUAACAAUGCGCCGUUCCUAUCACCUCUGUCCCGGGCACGCAUGGGAGCAUUUGCCCAUCCUCGUGCGUCAGCAAUUCCAAUUCCUUACUAUUCCCGUGUGCUUUUAUCUCUGCAUUUGCAGAUUGCGUUCCCUGGAGUGACAGUGUCAUGCUGAUGAAAGGCUUACAAAUCUUGUAGAUAAAUAAUGCUGCAAUAUAUGUAUGUAUGUAUGUCUCUCUGGGUUUAUUUUUAACGCUACCAAAAAUAGCCCUACCUCAUCCAAGCUAAAGUUAGUUCCCUUGCAGCGUCUGCACAAAGAGAUCUGGUUGGAGGGUGGAAAAAGGUUGGAAACAGUGCAAAAAGGAACAAGCGGUGCUUGAUUUAUUAAAGAGGAAAGGAAAGCUGUUCAUUCUUUUCUUUUCUUCACGGUUGGAGGCAGCAGCACUUCUGAAUACCAGUUGCUGGAAACCUCAGGAGAGGAGAGUCCUUUUGUGCUCAGAUCCUGCUUGCAGGUUUCGCACAAGCAUCUGGUCGGCCACUGUGAGAACAGGAUGCUAGACUGGGCAGGCCACUGGCCUCAUCCAGCAGACUCUUCUUAUGGCCGUAUGCGUUGGUUUUAUGGCUGCAUAGAUACAUGGCAAUUAACAACCUCAAGUGCAACUUUCCAAAACUUCAUCCUAACUCUUGAAAGCAUCUGACGUAAACAAUGGAAAGUUACCACGGGACAAUCUGACCAUUGGCCAGGGGAUUUAUAGAUUUCUCUCAGGCGCUUGGUCAGUCCCGUCUGGAAAUUUUAAGAGUUCACCAGACAAUGGGUCUGUUGCGAUGGCUGUGAGGAAUAUGUGGUUUUGCAGGAGAGUCUGGGAUCCUGGGCAACUUAGUUGCUGCGACUGCACAGAGCUUUCCCUUUUAUUUCUGUGCCUCAGUUUCUCUCUGUGUGUAAAGAAGGAUGCUUGUCAGGCAGUGGAUACUCCGUUAAGGGUGCUUCAAGCAGAGGAAAUACUUGUCAUUGAAAUCCAAGCCAGUGCUGGAUUUGGCAUCAGACCUCAAGCCCCUUGCAGAGUGCUGACACCAGCAAAUUAUCUGGAGGUCAGCCAGUGUUACACAAAGUAGGUAAAAUGCCACCCAAUGGCCAUACAUAGCUUGCCUUGGGAUACCCUGCGUUCCUUCUUGUCCUUUUGUACUUCAGUGGCUAUCACUCCUUUCCUUUUAAUUUCGAUGUUGAUGUUUUUUUGAAAAAUUUCAAUGAUAAAAGACAGAAAAAUGAGGUGCGUUGGUUGCUGUGCAUUCAAAUAGGUCUGAGAGGCUGGUGGGGAUUGGCAUGCCGGCUGCCAGUGUCACAAAGGUGCUCGUAGCUCCCUCUAGCUUGAAGGGCUCUUUCCUUCCAAUUUCCCCACAUACAACCUUUUACUUUCUUCCCCUUAGUUUUCUGCUCCCCCUUUUCCCACCCACACCAGUAAAAUGGUUUGGGGGUAGUGGGUGGGGAACACAGGUUUGGACAAACUAGCCACCGAAGAGUCUCAAAGCAGCCGCCUCUGCGCUCUUGUCUGCAGUAUUCACACUGUGGUGUGGACAGUUAAUCUGUGGCGGACUUGGUGAAUGAACGCCUUUGGGUGCAAGAUGGGUUGGACUGGGUGGUCUCUUGAGUCCUCCUUUGCAAUGCCACUGUUCUGCCCUUCAAAGACUAGACACCUUGGCAAGAUUGGAGUUCGGCUACCAACAGAAUGCACAACCAGAUUGCACCAAGAGAGCUCACUUCUUUCUCUGCCCCGCUACUGGGAUGUGGGUAGUUUCAUGUGCUGGCUGGGAAAGAGGGGGCCACUGAGAGAAGCUACGCCACCUGCGGGCAUUACUUUGGGGAAGAGGCACUGUGUGGUUUCAGUUGGCUUACUUUGGCAGGAACUCUGUGCAGGGCAACCAACUUUCCUUCUGAGCUUCACCAUUGCCUCACCUUGUGGACUCAGAGAAGUCACUUCGCCUCGCUGUGGGACGUGUGAAAAAAGUGGGUUUAAAUGUGGGGCUCUUCCGACAUCCUUCCCCUGCCAGCUGUCAACUUUUCCCUUUUCUUGCGAGGAAUUCUAUUUGGAAUAAGGGAAUUUCCCUUAAAAAAUGGAAAACCUUGACAGCUAUGGCCCUGACUCCAAUAAAAAGACAGACAGAGAGAUCACGGAUAGCACUGAGUACAGUAUUUCUGUCUGGCUGAGAUGAGAGUCAUAGUUCCACCCGGAAGAAAAGUUCAUCGGCUUCUACACGCCCCCGGUGCCUGCUCUGAGUAUGUGUGUGCCUUAAAUUGCUGGGCCUGCGGAGCCGGGUUGCUACGACGCUCGAGCGCCCAGCAGGACCAGGCAGAGCCACCCGUCACACUUCCCCUUGGCUUCCCCACCCGGCGCAGAAAGUUGCCUGCAGCCUUGGCCGUCGCUACCUCCCUGGAGGGAGCCCUCUUCUGUGCAGCCUUGCCUGGGCGUCUGUUCCACCUCCCCUGCUUGAUGUCAGAGUGAUUCAGGUGCCGUCAGCAGCAGCGGGGAAGGCGAAAGCAGCAGCAGCGGCUUUGCCUGGAGUGACAGCUUUGAGGCGGACCCUGGAUUUUAAAGACGCGAGCCGGAGCCGCAGUGUGGAGGGUCGCCCGCGCUCUGCCACACUUCCAUGUCCAGCCAGAAGAACCUGCCAAACUUUUCCUCCCUGCUGGAGAAGAAGCACUUGUGGUUCCGCUUGGGGCAGAAGGCACGCCAAACUCAGCAGCUCCGCUCCCUCUUUGAUUCCACCGGGUCCAUCUCUGCUUUGGAGGAACGCUGCCUUGCUGUCUGAGCAGGCGGAGCAAGGGGUUGAGAGGAGCAGACCCGUCUGAGUCUCACCUUUCUCCACACCUGGAUCUCCUACCGAAGGAAGCCUGUGGGGGGAGAGAGGCGAGGGGUGCCUCCUCGCAGCAUGCGGAAUUCCUACACGGUCACCCUCCCCGAAGAGCCCCCCGUCUCGCCUUUCUCUGGCAUGCCAAAGGAGCUGCGGACCAAGACACCCAUGCCAGGAUCGCUGCUGGUCUCUGCCUUUGUGGGUCUGGUGCUCAAUAAAACCAAGGUACAGCUCGGCUUCACCACACACACACACACACACACACACACACAUCAUCCUCAUGGCAUUUUCUAAGCUGGGUUUGGCUAGGGGUUUCCCCUGCCUUGCCGGGUGGUCCGGCCACAAAUUGCAGGGUGGGUAGGUGGGCCUUGCACCGCAUGUGUUAGGUGGGCAUGAGUUUAGCAAUCUUAGCAGUCUGCUCUGUUGCUGCCUAGCAGGAGCCCUGGGUCCUUGUCUCUGCUCUGAUCCUGAUAUCACUGUGUGGACUUGAUGUGGAGGCUGAACCCUGCUUUCAGCCUGGGAGGGGGUUAAAGUGUGGGUGCUGCCCACCCCAUAGCAAAGCCAGAAAUCGCCUCGUUCCUGUUCUUAUCGCACCUUUAAAGAUGGGUGGGUGGGAGAAGCUAAAAGUAGGGAGGUAGUUAACUAUCUGCUAGAGCAGAAGACGGUUGUGUGGGUGCAGACGCCCGCUGUCAAAAAGCAAGAGUUCUGCAAGAACUAGAGGCGACAAGGAGACCCUCCCUGCUUUCCUACAGAAGAUGGAGUUUGCAAGAGCAGCCUGCGAUACUAAGCAAUAAGCUGUUAACUCCUGGUACUUAGGUCCCAAGAGUUUUCUGCUGCGAGACCAACCUUUUGGGUGUUGCUCACCGGGUCUCCAUUUCUAAGAAGGGGCACAGUUGGGGAGGAGACUGGAAAUCGCUGUGUUCUGGUUUUUUGCCCCCCAUCUCACCCCCGGGCAGAGAGCCCCAGUAAAUUAAAGGGCAUGCUCUCAAGAUAACUAAGCAGUUAACCUUUCACCUUUUGACCUUUCCUCCCAUGCUCAAACCCUUUCAGUGCUUAUUUAUGGUUGAAAGUGUGUGCGAGAGAAAAGGAGCGAAUCUGCAUUCUGAAAGCUGAGAGAGUGUUGGUAGUUAUUCAGAGUGCAUAAAAGCAGAGCAUGCAGGAAGGAUCUCAGGGGAUGUUUGGGGGGGAGGGACGGACAGGCGCCAGGACACCUGGGUCUUCCCCCCCUCUCCACGUGGCUGUUCGGGGUGUCCUUUCCUCCCUCCGCGAAGCCGGGACCGUUUUGACCUCGUUGGGCCAGUGCCCUUCGGGGAGCGCUUUUGUUCCAUGCCAUUACGUAACAGACUCCCUUCCGCCGCGGCACCUGUGGCUCAGGGCAGGUCAGCCCCUUUGUUCGGUCGAUGAAUGGAGCUGGGCAUGUUAUGUAAGAGUUGUCCGUGCCUCUCUCCCCACAGGCAGCUUGAAACCUCCUUGGCUCUGCUUGCUGAGCUCCAGCAGCUGAGGCCAGCUAGGGAGCUGUGAUCCAAGCUGGCCGGGGAAGGGAAAGGAGAGUUCAGUUGUCAGGACAGGGGAGGGAGAGAGAGGCUGAGCCAUUUGUAACCAGGUGGCUGCUCCUGGCGGCAUGUUUGGAGAGAGAGAUUUUCUCUCCUCGCUGCUGCCAUAGUGGGUUUCGUUUUGCUAGGGAAUGUCUAUUAUUAUUAUUAUUAUUAUUACUAUUAUUAUUAUUAUUAUUCAGUGUUUGGUUUUUAAACCACGAGUUGCAGAGCUGCCCCAUAGUCAUAGAAUCAUAGAACAGUAGAAUCAGAAGGGGGACACAAGCCGUCAUCUUGUCCAGCCCCUGGCAAUGAAACUCAAGCUGGUUUUACAUUAUGCCCUGCAUCCUAAAGGUAAAGGGGUAAAGGGACCCCUGACCAUUAGGUCCAGUUGUGACCAACUCUGGGGUUGUGGCGCUCAUUCCGAUUUAUUGGCCGAGGGAGCCGGCGUACAGCUUCCGGGUCAUGUGGCCAGCAUGCCUAAGGCGAACCAGAGCACACGGAAACACUGUUUACCUUCCCACCGGAGCAGUACCUAUUUAUCUACUUGCACUUUGACGUGCUUUUGAACUGCUAGGUUGGCAGGAGCAGGGACCGAGCAAUGGGAGCUCACCCCGUCGUAGGGAUUCGAACCGCCAACCUUCUGAUCGACAAGUCCUAGGCUCUGUGGUUUAACCCACAGCGCCACCCGCGUCCCUUGCCCUGAAUCCUACAGUUGGAUAAAUCUUGAUUAUGGCGUCCGCAGACUGCGUCAAAACCAUUCCCAAUACAAGGAACUGCCUACAUACUUGGGCAGGGAGUUGGGGCAUCACGAGUCCUUUCCUAGCCCAGUGGUGCUGCAGGAAGGGUGGCUGCAGGGUUUAAUUUGUCCAAGCUUUGUUCGCUUCCAAACCGUUUUCAAUGCCCCGGCACAUCCUGGGACCUUUGAAACGAGAGUUCCGCUUGAUGAACAUGUACAGAGCGCCUUUCCCAGAAGAACUGCCAUGUAGACACCGCUGACCUAGAUGGACCCAGUGGCCUAACUCUGUAAAAGCAUAUUCUGCCUGUGCUCCUAUGGAGACCUGGGUUUCUGGGUCAGAAUGGGAGGCAUCCGGAUAGGUCCCAGAUAAUGCACACCUGUUCCUUCUGUGCCUGUGUCAGACUGGGAGCGCUGCUUGUGAGGAAUUUCCUGGAACAAGGUUCUGGUGCUCAAGGGCAAGCAGUGGCUUUCCCCAUCUCUCUCUCUUUCUCUCUUUCCCUCUCUCUCCUCCUUCCUCUGGAUUCGCGUGGGCUGGCUGUUCAUCUGGGGCCGGCCUCUUCCUCUCCAUAGCGGAGGAAUGCCGGCUGGCUGGUCCCGCAUGCUUUGGCGAUGCGCCAUUCCCCAGCACACUCUCGGUUCCUUGUUCUCUCCUCCGAGAUUUUUCUGUCUACUCCCUUGGGCUGGGAAAUGUUUCGGGAAGGAUGUACGUAGAUUAAGCUGGGCUGGGCCACCCCCAGAGACCUCAGAGCAUCAGGUCACCUCCGUCACAGCCUCUCCAAACCUCCUUGCCCUUUGACACACAUCGUAGGCACCUCUCGUGUCUUGUCGCUGCUCAGAAGAGAACACGGUUCUUCUGGACCUUCUGUGAUGGCCAGAUCCAGGUAAAUUUGUUAAGGUUGCCACCAAACACACUUCCAAGGAAAUGCCUUUAGGGUGCAAAUCCUAAGGUGAUGCUAUCAGGAUCCUUAACUCAGUGCUUGCUUUCAGUGUCAUAAUUGAGUGGCGCUUAGUGGCUUGGUUGCCAUUCAAGAUCUAUACGUGGUCAUUGAAAAACUGUGCUUAUGGUGCCAGGAUGCAUCCCAUUGUAUCAGCACAAAAAAAUGCAAGGUUUUGAUGCAAGGAUGGGUGAGCAGGAACCUCUCAGUUCUCAAAACUAGUAUUCUUUCUCUGGCCACCUGUCAGCUAGCAUAUGCCUCCAGGUUUAGUUAUUCAACCAAGGCAGAGGUGGCUAACCAUUAUUCAGCUUCUGCCAACCCUCUGGCUACAUGCUUGCAGUGGGUCUCACCAGUGAUAUAGUGAUCCAAGGUAGCAGGGUGGGUGGGCUGGUGUCAAAGACCCAUUACUCUUUCUGCAGCAAGGUCCCUGUCUCCAGCGACCUAAAACCACCCAGUCAGCAAGAAAGGGAAGGUUUUUUUAGCCACUAUCUGCUCCAAAGCUAAACAUUUAGGAGCACUGAAAACUCAAGGUGCUUCAGCUUCAAGGGAAUGGUGCACAAGUUCUGUUGUGUACAAUGAAAUGUCAGGGAAAUGUGCAUAUUAAGCCACUCCAGAAUAAGAUACUGGAGCAUUCCAAAUCAUUUGCCAAUGUACGUGCACAGAAAAUAGAUCUAGCUCAAGUGGAACACAUGGAGAUCUUCACUGAGCGAUGCAAUGCAUCCCUAAUUAUUAUUGUUGCAUAAUUAUAAGAUUACUGUAUAAACGUGGAAAGCUGCACAAUCUUAUAAAGGGUGUGGCUGGAUCACGAAGGGACACUACACUUUUGCGUGUGGCUGUUCAACACAUGCCACAACCUCAGGUGAUCCAGGCAGACCAGAUCAGGAGGGACGGUUACUGCCUGCUCUCAGUUCUUCAGAUGUUUUAUCUCAAGAGAUAUUUUGGACUACAGAUCCCAUCAUGCCUGACCACAGGCCAUGCUGCCUGUGGCUGAUGGGAACUGGAGUCCAGCAACAUUCCGGAGGACAACAUCGCUCUCACAUUGAUCUGACAAGUAGAGAGGAGGGAGAUGUUCUCCUCCACCAGGGUGCUAGACUAGAUGGAGGGGUUAAAUUUGAGGCUGUUCUGUUCCUAGCAUCACUUCUAGUCUUCGCCUGUCUCACAGGUAAGCAUCACAGCUGAAGAAGGAUAGUGGGGUGGCUACUUUUCCACCACAGAAACCCAAAAUCCUCUGCAUCAAAGCAAAUGUAGUGACUGUAAUUACUAUCUUAAUUUCUCUUUAUUCCACCUUGUCCUCAAAGUGGAAAGGCUGGGUUAUUGGGUAUGUGUGAGUGUGGUUUUUUCCUUACAACAACCGUGGGUUCCCAGAUGUUGUUGAACUACAACUCCCAUCACCCUUACCUAGCAAGGCCAGAGCUCAGGGAUGAUGGGAGUUGUAGUCCAACAACAUCUGGGGACCCACAGGUUGAGAACUGCUGAGUUAGGCUAAGAGAAAUACAUACUGGCCUUUGAUCACCCAGAAUGUUUCAAGGGGAGGAGUUUGAACCUAGGUUUCUCCCAGCUGAGUCAAACGCUCCAACUACAGCACCCAAACUGGCUGUGUCAGUGAUUUUUAAUAGCAUGGUUAAUAAUAAAAAUGUUGUUGAUAAUAAUAAUAAGAGCGUAGGUGGGUGGGAUUCAGCUAAUAUUUGUGAAAUUAGGUAAUCAUGGUAGGGAUGUAGGCAUCUGUCUAUUUCAAUUUCUCUUUUUUAAAAAAAAUAAUCCCAAUUUUAAGCUCAGUUUUCCAUGCUUUUUCAUCAGUUUUUGAUUUUUUAAGUCCUCGUGAAAAUUCAGCAGCAAUAUAGUGCACAUUACUCCUACGUAUUUUUUUUACAAUUUUAUGUAUUACUAUUAUUAUUAUUAUUAUUAUUAUUAUUAUUAUUAUUAUUACAUCUAUAUCCCACGUUUUCUCCAAGGAGCUCAAGGUGGUGUACGUGAUUCUCCCCCUCCCCAUUUUGUUCUCACAACAACCCUGUGAGGUAGGUAGGCUAAGAGACUGUCACUGCCCAAGGCCACCCAAUGAGCUUUACAGCUAAGUGGGAAUUUGAACCCAACACCUUAACCACUGCUCCACAACACAUCAGCUCCCAUCCCAUUCUAUGUAAAUAUAUUUUGCGUAAUAACACAUUUUAGCAAUGUAUACUUUUCCUAAUAUAAUGAAACCUUGGUUCUCGAACGCCUUAGUACUCGAACAUUUCAGCUUCCAAACGCCGAAAACCCAGAAGUAAGUGUUCCAGUUUUUGAACAUUUUUCGGAAGCCCAACAUCCGAUGCGGCUGUCAGCUAUUGUUUCCAGGACUCCUGCGCGAAUUGGAAGCUGUGCCUUGGUUUUCAAACGUUUUGGAAGUCAAACAGACUUCCAGAAUGGAUUACGUUUGAGAACCAAUAUACCACUGUAUUUGUAUUUUCCCUGAGAUAAUGAGUUUUUCCCUGUUAUUUUCACCAGUGUAUGCAUUUUUUUUAAUGCACUGUUUAUCUUAGCUCAUGCAUUUUUGUACACAUUACUUGCCCAGAGGACUGCACUGCGAAAUUGAGAGAAGUGCAGAUUUCAAAAGGAUGGAUGUGUGUUUCGGUUCUCAUGCACGAAUUGGGCUGAAUCGCCUUUCAAUGCAAACCGAAUUGAAUUUUCCCACCAUCCUUAAUCAGGGCUUGUUAUUUCAUUAAGGAACCCCUAACCCCUUCCUUCUCUCUCCCCUCCUCUGCCAUUCUGUCUACCCUCAGAGACGGAGAAUAGGGGUCCACUUGUCCCCAUCCCUGUCCCCAUCCCACCCCCCGAUGUGACAUGAGGCUGUGCUGCCAGAGCAGAAACGUGUGCUGUUUGAGCCGGUCUAUUUUGGGCUGUUGUCAGGAACAGGAGAGGAGGCUGCUUUCCCUCCUACAAACACAUGCCAAGCGCUGCUAUUUUGGAGCUGGCAAAGCAGCAGGGACCUCCUCCUCCCCACUCCUCCUCCUCCUCUUCAGUUUCUGGGGUGCCAGAAAUGUAAGGAGGUAAGAAGAAGGGUUGACGCUUUAACCCGCUGAACCCCAAACCCAGUCUAGCCUGGGGGGUGGGGUGGGGAACUGGGGCAUCCCUCCAUUCAGCCUGCAGCCCUAAACCAUUUUAUGAAUUUAUAUACAGUCAUAUCUCUUGUUACGUUCGGUUCAGGUCAUGUCUUUUCAGAUGGCGACCCAGAAGUACCGGAAAGGGUCACUUCUGGGUUUCGCCGCAUGCGCAGAUGCGCAAGAUGACGUCAUGCACAUGCGAAGAAGCGGUGAGUCGCGACCCGCGCAUGCGCAGACGCGGGUUGCGUUCCUCUCAGGUUACAAACGGGGCUCCGGAACGGAUCCCGUUCGCAACCAGAGGUACCACUGUAGUGCAUUAUAACACACACACACACACACACACACACACACACACCCCAACCCUUUGCCCCAAAACGGCUCCCAGAACAGCUUGCAAUACAAUCAGUUGAAGCAAGGCAGUCUCUGCCCCCUCUCACGCUUAUGUUGUAAAAGACAAGGGACAAAAGGAAAGUAGGAAGCGGAGGGCAGAGGGGAAAAGGCAAGAUCAGGCACCAGCUCUUUAAGCUCUUUCAAGUCCAACGCUCUCUGUCUGCAGCAGAGAUGCCCCGCAGGGGCACCGAUCUGAUCGGGGAGGUUUGCGGUAGAACCAGAAGGAAGAAGCCCUCAUCGCCCUGCUUCCUUUGCCUUAAUUUCUGUUACCCAUGGAGACUCUAUUCUGCCAUCACGGUCAAUAGCAAUUAAUAGGCGACAGCCUCCAAGACUUUGUCCAAUCCAAGACAACCAAAACUGACACAGACAUUGCUGGGCAGUUUCAAACAGCUCCCUCUGGUGAGGAUUCUAGUCAGCUAUAUGAGAAUAGACCUAGAUAUACAAUUCUGGGUCCUUCUGGCCUCACCCCACUCUCCUCUAUGCCUGAUCUGGUAUGGGGAGAGGGGUUUUCUGGAGCAGAGUUGCUUUUCAAGACAGGCAUAAUCUACAGUCAUACCUCAUGUUACGGACAUUUCAGGUUACGUGUUUUCAGGUUGCAGGCCGCGGGAAACCCAGAAGAAUGGGUUACUUCUGGGUUUCGCCACUCACACAUGCACAGAAGCACAAAAUCGUGCCGGUGCCUGUGCAGACGCGGUGCUUCAGGAUGCGAACGCUGCGGGUUGUAGACAUGCCUCCAUCACGGAUUACGUCCGCAACUCGAGGUUCCACUGUACGCCAAUAGAACUAUAGUAAAGGUAAAGGGACCCCUGACCAUUAGGUCCAGUCAUGACCUACUCGGGGGUUGCGGUGCUCAUCUUGCUUUAUUGGCCGAAGAAGCCGGCGAACAGCUUCCGGGUCAUGUGGCCAGCUUGACUUAGCCGCUUCUGGCAAACCAGAGCAGAGCACAGAAACGCCGUUUACCUUCCCGCCGGAGCGGUACCUAUUUAUCUACUUGCACUUUGACUUGCUUUCGAACUGCUAGGUUGGCAGGAGCAGGGACCGAGCAACGGGAGCUCACCCCAUCGCGGGGAUUUGAACCGCCGACCUUCUGAUCGGCAAGUCCUAGGCUCUGUGGUUUAACCCACAGCGCCACCCGCGUCCCAGUAGAACUAUAUAGCUGCAUUAUUAGACCUGUAACUUUAAGAACUGUCGCCCGACCUUGAUCUUCCCCUCCUCCCUCCCCAUCCCUCUUUCCUCAUGUGUUGUGCCCACUCUGAGAGCCUUCUUGGCUAGAGAGCAGGCUAUAAAUGCUUCAGAUGCUAUGUCCUGAUCCUUGAGAUUGAACCCGGGACCUUCUGCACCCACAGCACAUGCUCUACCAGGAGCGCGGAAUGAAGGCUGUCAUCAAGCGCAAUGCUUCCAAGCCACCUUUUCUCCCUGUGUCUCGCUUCCUUACAGGCAGGUCUCUGAAGCCACACAGCAAGCAGAGAGCUCUUAGUGGCUGUCUGCAGUUUCAGUAGGCAGCCUUUAUCCAGAACAAUGAAGUUCUGCUUUUCCCAAGUUGGGAGCCUUAUACUGAGUCUGACCACUGUUCUGUUUAGCUCAAUAUUGCCUGCACUGAUGGACAGUGGCUCUCCUAGAGUUUCAGCUGGGGGGUGGCAUGUAUUCCCUGCCCACCUGGAGAUUGAAGAGCAGAUACUCCUUGCAUUACGUAUGUCAGAGGUGCAAAAUGCAGAGAUGAAGUUUGUCCUCCCUGCUUUUCCAUUCUCUUUCCCCACCCCCUGAGCAAUGCCCACAUGACCUCUGUCCCUCUGCUGGGUGCCAGCUGGAUCCCUUCCAGGCCCUCUGGGCAGGAUUCUGUGUUCCAGGCCCAACAGACUGCCAAGGUGCUGCUGCUGCUGCUGCUGCUGCUGGGGACUUGCCAAGCUUGGUUACUCCCCUGGCUGCUACAUUGCCAUGUGUGGGGCACCACAUGUACAGGAAAUGGGACUUUGGCUUCCCAGGAUUUUGCCCUCCUGAACACAAGGUCAACUGAGUGCUUUGCAGACACCUCCAUGGGAGGGAAAGGAGUUGAUGCAACACUUUGGGUGGCUCUCUCUGCUGUAUGUUCCUCUCUUGUUUUUCUUCUGCCAAAGGCCUCCCUUUGCCUUCCCUGUCUUAAUGUUUGCUUAAAGCGGUUUUUGCAAAUCGGUUCUCCAGCCAACAAAUGUGUACAAAAACCCACCUGUUAAGGUAAAAUGCGCACGAGGAUGCAUAUAUUCAUAAAAAAUGCUUUAUAUUAGGGGAAAUUGCUUUGAAAAAAUAUGUAUACAGUACAUGUAUUAGACAAAGUUUCAUGCCGAAAUGUGUGUGUGUGUGUGUGUGUGUGUGUGUGUGUGUGUAUUCGAGUAAAUUGGUGACAGAGUUUUAUUCAUUCGUUCGUUCGUUCCCUUUUUCUCUCCUUGGCCUUUCCCCCUUGUGUGCUAUUGUUGUUUUUUAAGAUUGUACAUAAGCCAUUCUGGGAGCCUUUUUUUGGCUGAAUAGCGGGAUGCAAAUGCUCAGAAAAAAAUGUAAUUAACAAAUCUGCACUAAAACGCCUCAUGGGUUUUUAUGAGGAUUUUUUGCAAACUACUGUGGAGAACUGAAUUUAAGACAAGAGAAGUGAGAAACUGCGACUGACAGAUUCUCUCAUCCGUACUUCUUACAAACGACAUUAUGAUCAUACAUGCACCAUCAGAGAGUCCUGAAUUUAUUUGUUUGUUUGCCUGCUUAUUUAAUAUUUAAUUUGUCUGCCGCACCUUUCUCCCAAGUAGGAGAGCCAGUGUAGUAUAAUGGUUAGAGUGUCAGACUAGGACUUGGGAGACCAGGACUCCAAUCCCACACUCAGCCAUGAAGCUCACUGGGUGACUUUGGGCCAGUCACUGUCUCUCAGCCUGACCUACCUCACAGGGUUGCUGUGAGGAUAAAAUGUGGGUGUGGGAGAGAAACAUAUUAUGCCACUUUAAGAUCCUUGGAGAAAAGUUGGGGUACAUACGCAGUAAUAAGCAGUGCUUUUUUCUGGGGGUACGUAGGGGUACACAUACCCCUAAACAUUUUGUGAAUCUUUGUACUUUUGUCCAUUUACUGUAUUUAUUUUUCCCGAUUUGAACUAUAAAAUGGUGAUUUUAUCUAGUCAAAAUGAGAGUACCCCUAAACUUUUUUUUUAGAAAAAAAGCACUGGUAAUAAAUAAAUACAGUAAGUUUGCAUUCAUUCAUUCAGCCUUUUAGAUUCAUUUAAUAGGUAUGGGGAAACUCAGGGCCAUGCUGGAAGUCCAAGGGCCCUCAGUUCUAGAUGAGACAGAGUCUGAUUGCCUUAACUUACUUUUGGAAAGUGAAAGCUCUUUGCACAUGCACAGAAGCACCUUCUCUGUCUCUUCCCCACUCCCUUCGCCAUGACUUCCACAUUCUAGGACUGAGCCUGAACGCUUGAGAUCUCUUGGCGGAGCCCAAGAUAUUAAUACCCACAUCUACUACAGAGCCUUUGAUUCUGUGAUAGCAGAAAUUUCCCACAGGCUUUGUCAGCUGCUGCUAGAGUUGGCACUCAUUCGUUUCUGGCGCUGAGAGUAGGGGAAAGCAGGGCACUGGCUUUGCUUUGUAGGCUCUGUUUCUUGACCCCCACCACCUCCACUAUCCCCCCAGUAGGGAACCUUCCCCUUAAGCCUUGAUCCUGCUCAGCAAGUAUUGACAAGGGAUGUGUCAGGGGUUUGAGGUUCCCUGCAAGCUGUGGGUUUAAUGGCCUGAAAUCUUUAUGCCCGUUAUCCCAACUCUUUGGGAGGAUGAACCCCCUUUCUCUUUUGCCUUUGUUUGUAUCCCACCACCACCCUUGGAUUUGGCUGUGUUUGCAUAUCCACCCGACCCGGAGUUACCGCAUUCUCACAACCAAUGCAUGUUCUUCUCUCUUGACAGAAUUCCAAAACUGUGCAGGGGCUGACCGGCCUCCGGAACCUCGGCAACACUGUGAGUCCACUCCUCUUUCCAUCCCUUUCCCCCCUCCACUUGGGUAUAUCUGCACUGGGGCGGGAGAACUGAGCCCACAUUCACACUGUGAAUGGUACCAGUUUAAACAGUCCCAUGGCGUUCCCCCCAAAGAAUUAUGGGAGAUGUAGUUUAUUAAGGGCCCUGAGAUUCCCAUCACAGGGGAGCUACAAUUCCCUGAGUUCUCUGGGAAGAGGAACUGAUUGUUAAACCACACUAGUAAUUGUAGCUCUGUCGAGGAGAGGACGGGAAAGGGAGGUCUCCUAACAAUUCACAACACCCGUAACAAACUGCGGCUCCCAAUAAUUAUUUGGGAAAAGCCAUGGACCUGUUUAAAGUGGUAUGAUUCUGCUCUAAGGGUAUGGUAUGAUUGCAGUCUGAGAUCUGCUGACAGGCCUCUGCGUGAUUUGAGUAGACCAGAAAGGGGCUUCUGACGCCUGGUGUCUAAGAACAGCAAGAUCCUGAAAGCUUAAACGGCAAAUUGCUGGGGGGGGGAGGGGGGCGACAGACACUUGGGAUGGGGUGAACCUGAAGUGGAUUUUCACAUGAAAGGAUUUGUGAGUUUUGAUAGUGGUGCCGAUCACACACUCCUGGGCUGAGUCUGCGGCACACCCUGUUCCUUAAUUCUUAGUUUAUGUAUACCCAGUUAGGUCACUCGAUAUAUAUGGAUUGUUUGCAUUGCACUUGCAGUGAUAGAUCCAGACAACCCCUUCAGUUAGCCCACACUUUCUUACCCCUACCUGGGAAAACUGCUAUUUAAUGCUCAGUUGGAGCAGAUGACAAUCUGGGUCUUCCCCAGAUUGCCAUUUGUUCUGAUCUAUCACUAAAGAGUGGGACAUGGGUGGCGCAGUGGGUUAAAGCACAGAGCUUAGGACUUGCCGAUCAGAAGGUCGGCGGUUCGAAUCCCCACGAUGGGGUGAGCUCCUGUUGCUCGGUCCCUGCUCCUGCCAACCUAGCAGUUUGAAAGCACGUCAAAGUGCAAGUAGAUAAAUAGAUACCGCUCCGGUGGGAAGGUAAACGGCAUUUCUGUGUGCUGCUCUGGUUCUGUGUGCUGCUCUGGUUCGCCAGAAGCGGCUUAGUCUUGCUGGCCACAUGACCCAGAACCUGUACGCCGGCUCCCUCGGCCAAUAAAGCGAGAUGAGCACCGCAACCUCAGAGUCGGUCACCCUAAUGGCCAGGAGUCCCUUUACCUUUUAUCACUAAAGAGCGGGUUUAUGCUGGAAAAGGAGCAGGGCAAAGGGAAAACUUUGUUUUUCCUCCUCCUCCUCUACCACCACCUCAUCUUCCUCCUCACUUUAUUUCAGCUAUUGCCCCAUAAUGCAGAUGGCAGGACUGAGGCAGAGCUAGAGUGGCUUGUUGAAGCCCACCUCGUAGUGAGAUCACGGCGGAAGCAAGAUUCAAAGGGAGAGCUCUCCGAUUCAUAUAGCUGAGCCUCUGAAUCGCAAGUCCGAACCAAAGCUCUCUGAAAUGAACAAUUUAAAAAGCAGCACAAGGUUAAACCUAGUCUCUGGGCAGGUCAAGCACAGAGAUCACCCUGGUCUCAUUGCCGGGCACUGCUGCUGCCUCCUUGCCAAAUUCACACUGCUUGGCUCACCUUGCAGAGAGACCGUGGCAUGACCGCACCACCAUGCAGCUACCUCUCAGAUCCUCGCACAUCAGGCUCCUGGAGCCCCAGGGGGAUAGCAUGCAUGCGCUAGUUUGUAUGGCAUAAUUACAGCCAUUGUGAUUUGCAUGCCUCUUCCUUGUGUAUAGAAUCAUAGAAUUGUAGAGCUGGAAAGGGACUGUGAGAAUCAUCUAAGCCAACCCGCUGCAAUGCAGGAAUAUGGAGCUGUCCCCACAUGGGGAUAUAACCUGCAGCAACCUUGGUAUUAUCAGUGCCACCCUCUAACCAACUGAGCUAUCUAGGCACUGCAUACACACACGCACACACAAAUGUAAGAAGAGCCUGCUAGACCAGGCCAGUGGCCCAUCUAAUCCAGAAUCCUGUUCUCACAAUGGCCAGCCAUCUGCUCUAAGGGAAAGCCUGCAAGGUGCCAUAAGAAACUGCAGAGAUAGUGCAAGAUAGUGCGCACCCUGGAAAUGAUCUCUUUCAGCUUCUGCCUUCUGGAAGAAGGUACAGGGUUAUAAAGUCUAGGACCAACCGCCUGAGAAACAGUUUCUAUCCAAAUGCAAUUUUGGUUUUAAACGCAGUGUAAGGUAGUCUCUAUGGAAGUAUAUUGUACAGUGGUACCUCAGGUUACAUACGCUUCAGGUUACAGACUCCGCGAACCCAGAAAUAGUGCUUCAGGUUAAGAACUUUGCUUCAGGAUGAGAACAGAAAUCGUGCGGCAGCAGGAGGCCCCAUUAGCUAAAGUGGUGCUUCCAGUUAAGAACAGUUUCAGGUUAAGUACAGACCUCUGGAACGAAUUAAGUACUUAACCUGAGGUACCACUGUAUUUAAUUAUGGGGUAUCAGAGUUUUUAGGGGGCUAACCAGGCUGGGAUAGCUGGGAUAGCAGGCUUGUUGGUUUUUGAAUGUCUGAUGUAGAUUUUUUCAAUUUCGUUGUUCUGUAUGGGACAAUGACAAUAAAGAUUAUCAUAUCGUAAGCAGGGCCUGAGCGCAACAGCGCUGUUCCCAACACGUGAGCCCCAGCAACGGGCGUUCAGAGGCCACAUUGCCUCUGGCACUGUAAUGGGAACAUAGUAUGUGGGAAAGUCGUGCACACACAACGCCAGCUGAGCCAGUGCAGCCCGGUGGUCACGGCUGGAUUAGUGGUGUGGCACUUCUCCGUGCCCGGUGGGUGGGUACCCCGCCAACGCAGGAAAUUUCGACAGCUCUUUCCACCGCUGUUUGUCCCUCAGUUCCCCUUUGCUGUGGUGGGAAUCCCCUGCCCUUCUGAAGGGCCUUUUUGCAACAGCCUCAGGAAGUGUGUCACCCUCCCACCCCACCAAGCCUCAACCGCUCAGGCCCAAACUCAUGAAAUUCAAUGCUCUUUUAGGUUUAACAUGCAAUGCUUGUUUAGAGUUGUUUUUAAGUGCAGGCGCAAACACCUACAUGUUGAAUUUGGAGGAGCAUUUAACCUCACAAGGCCUAGUCUGGGCCUGAGCAGCUGAGGUUUGCCCAUCCGAUAGGUUUCCACACCUGACCCUCUCAGGAAGAACAUUCUUUUCUCAAGGCAGUUCACAUGAUGUAUGAAAGUGCAACGUCAAAUGGCAAUCAAUGCGUUUUUGAAAAUGUUCCCCGUUGAUAAAACUAGGAAGAAAACAUUAAAAAUGCAACCGCCUCACUAUCAGAUCCCUAGUCACAGGUAAAGUGAUAACUGUUAAGGCCCAUUUGGAAAUAUAAGGGCCUGUCUUACAUGGAUUUUUUUUAUUCCACAGCCUCGCCAUCUCAGACACCCACACCCUAUGCACACAGAACAUUUAUGACACUUGAACAGAGAAUCCUGGGAUCUGUAGUUUACCCCUCUGAGGGUUAUAGGAAACUAUUGUUCCCAGGAGUGUUUGGGGGAGGCCAUGUGCUUUUACUGUGCUUUUAAUGUACAGUAGGGAUGCUGUGGGUUAAACCACAGAGCCUAGGACUUGCCGAUCAGAAGGUCGGCGGUUCGAAUCCCCACAACGGGGUGAGCUCCCAUUGCUCGGUCCCUGCUCCUGCCAACCUAGCAGUUCAAAAGCACGUCAAAGUGCAAGUAGAUAAAUAGGUACACUCCAGCGGGAAGGUAAACGGCGUUUCUGUCUGCUGCUCUGGUUCGCCAGAAGCAGCUUAGUCAUGCUGGCCACUUGACCCAAAAGCUAUAAGCCAGCUCCCUCGGCCAAUAAAGCGAGAUGAGCGCCGCAACCCCAGAGUCGGUCACGACUGGACCUAAUGGUCAGGGGUUCCUUUACCUUUACUUUUAUGGUAUAGAUGUCAUCACAGUACAGGUGGACUUAUACAGAUUUUGGUGCUGGCCUCAAACUCAGGGAGGGUGGUGGUAAUAGAGGAUAGGGGUAGAGGGGCAAGGCUGACUGCUAACAGAAUCACAGCAGACAUGGAGGGGAGUUUUAACCCUUCCCCCCCGCUGCAGUCCUGGGGGUGGGGGGGGACACCUCAUCUGAAACUGCUGUUUGCUACACUGGGAGCAGGAGACAGAAUCCAACUACUAGGACAGAUGAUAGCUUUCUUUUCCAUUCAAACAGCACCUGCAGAAGAGGGUUUUUAUUAGCCAGGAUCACAGCAAGUGGAGGGAGGAAGAAUUAAGUUAUCAGUCCGGUUAAUGACCAGCUCAGCCUCAGCCACUAUUUGCAUUUAAAAGCAAUGCAGAUUUGUAUCUCCUUACCACAGAAAGAGGAAUCUUGGUUGAAAGACACACACAUCGCAAAAAAAAGACUCCAGAGAUUUAUAUGAAAUUCUUCAUAGUAUACUUUUCAGCCAUUAAAGGACCCUGGCCCCAAGGGAGCUUUAGCAAUAAUAAAACAUACAUUGUCUAUGCUUGGGAACUCCCUCCUGAGAGAAGCAAGCUCAUCGCUCCCACCAUCUCUUUAAUGGCCUUUUUGUGUGUGUGUGUGUGUAUAUAUAUAUAUAUAUAUAAAGAACCCUUUCAUUUUUGGGAAGGCAUUUAGACUGCAAAUGGCUAGGGUUCCUUUACUGACCUGAUUCUAACAUUCUCUUGUGUUUUCUUAUGGUUCUUACUGCUUCUGGAUUAUGGCAUUUCCUGCCUUCUGUUUUGGUUCUUUGGCUUGUAAAAUUGCAAGCGAUAAGUUAAAAAGGUUUAAUUUAUGGUUUCAUUUCUGUUAGCCACCUAACAGAGCUCUUGGUGAUGAACGGCAAGAUGUAUAAAUGUUUUACAUACCUAAAUAAAGUUCUUAGUAUGGAAAAUCGCUUGCAGAUAUGUGUAUAGUAGGCAAAAUUGCAUACCAGAAUGUGCACAUUAGGACGAAUGGGCACUAAAACGCGGACAGAUAUUUAUGAUAUUUUUUGGGGGGGUCACCAUCUGAUGCAGAAAUGUGGCCAGCUGAAUUUGAAAUUAGAAAAAGGGGAAAGGAAAAGAAAGUUGAACUAUUUGUCCUUACACUUCAUGCAUGUUCAUUUGUUUGCCUCCUGUAGUGUUUUAUGAACUCAAUCCUGCAGUGUCUGAGCAACACCAAAGAGCUCCGAGAUUACUGCUUGCAGAACCAGUACGUCCACGACCUGAACAACAAAAGCCGCAUGCAGAUGGCCCUCAUGGCUGGUAAGGACUGUGACACUUCACACACAGGGCGAGCAGCCUUACACCAAUUAGGCCCUUGGUCCGCUCGGCUCCAUAUUGUCAACACUGACUGGCAGCUGCUCUCUUCCUAGAGGUUUCAAACCAGGGUCUUUCACAGGGACAGAUUUGACUUUAAGGGCCCCCCCGAGAAGGGUGGGUUGGUUCUUGAGGCAGAAGGAAAUUCAGUGCUUCCUCCACAGCUGAGCAAAAGGAGAAGCAAGCCUCAAAACGAUACAGAAAUACAACAAUAAGGAACUCUGAUGAAACGCUAAAUGGCUUUUCUGGGUUUCAGUUUUAUCCUCUUCGUUUUUCUGUCUCCUCUGCAGCAGCAGAUAAACUCCAAUCAUGUGUGGUGGACUUGAUGAGUCUCCUGAAUGCAUUUCCUGCCUACCCAGGAGUGCCAAAAUGGGGGUGGACAGCCAGGCAUCUGACGGGAGGGGGGGGCAUUUCUCGCUAAUGUGAGAUCUCCAUCUGAGACCCAGGAGAGCUGUUUCCAGCCAGAGUAGACAAUAGUGAGCUCAGUGGACCAAUAGUUGGACCUCUAUUUAUCUAUGGGCUCCUCCCAGAUGACCUAUUCACUGGCCAGUCAUCUUGAUUUGCUUGCACAAAGCUUACACAGAGGUUAGACUAUAUCCUGACGUAUUACGCAUUCGCUCUAAUUUGUUUUCGGGAUUACGGGCGGUAUAUUGCAAUGAGCCUUUGUCCCACAUUCUUCCUGAUUUGUUUGUAGGGUUUUAUGCAUCUUCCCAUGAGUCAUUUGUUCAUCUCGCGCUUUCCCCUCUCACCUUCCAAACAGCAGUCUGAUCCCUUUUUUGCAAAGUGAAUUCGUUAGACUUGAGCGAGAGAGAGGCCAUUUUAAUCCACUUUAAUUGUGCAAACCUAAAUUUCCAGCGUGCAUGUGAUUCUCUUCCACGAAAUAGUCCGGAGGCAGCCUAAAUAUAAUCAUUUAUAAUAUAUUGCAUUUAUAUCCCAACCUUUUUCUCCAAUGAGCUCCCUCCCCCUCACUCUCCAUUUAAUCCCCACAACCAUCCUGCGAGGUAGGCUGGGCUGAGAGAGGCAGCCCAAGGUCACCCAAUCAAGUUCAUGGUCAAGUGGGGAUUUGAACCCUGCUCUCCCAGCCCUCUAACCACUACAUCACACUGUCUCUCCAUAUCAUUGCAACUAUAGUACUGCACAACUUGGGAACCACUUAUCCAUAUUAUAUGACCUCUUGGGUUUGUUUGUUUUCCAAUUCACCACCUGCCUCUGUUUUCACUCUGCCAGCUGGAAUUGUCCAUCCAAUUUUGGCAUAGGGAAAUUGUUGUUGGCAUAGUUGUUCAGAAUAGACUUUAGGAUUUUGUGAAAUAGAUUCCAUGGCAAAGCCAUUGCCCUUCUCUGACAAGCCUAACCUUCAAGUAUUUUCUCUCUUUCUGCCCCCUACCUCCCCAAUCGCCCUCUCCCCUCCACUGUCCAGAGUUUGCCAAGCUCAUCCAGGCAUUGUGGACGUCAUCCCCCAAUGAAUCCGUGAGUCCUUCUGAAUUCAAGACACAGAUUCAAAGAUACGCGCCCCGCUUUGUGGGUUACAAGUAAGAAAUGUUACCACCUGCGCAUUUUCCAAUGGGCAAAAUUAUUUGUUGGGUUGCAGGGGGUUGGCUAAUUAGUGGUCUCCAGAUGUAGCCCUCUGGUCCUUUUUAUUGUGCAUUCGUGAUGCUUUGUGCACGCGAUGGUAUCAGGGUAGUUAUACGUAAUCCCACGUUCAAUACUGUCUGCGCCUGCAAAAGUUUUUCGAGCGGCUAUCCUGGUUCAUUUUCAAUUGGUGAUUGUCCCAUUACUUCUGGCUGAAAUCCUGGGACCUACCACAAAUGUUCCUACUUUUUAUUGUGCUGUAGAGUAGGACCAGCCUUUCAAGUGGCAAUAACGCACAAGCAUUGGGGAAACCAUUAAAUAAUAAAGCAGAAUGAUGUGCAGACGUUCCAGUAUAAAUUGACCGCUAAUGCAGUAUUAAUGUGUCAAUGGCAUGUUGCAGAAUACACCUGCAAAAAAACCAAACCUCAGAUAUGCUUUUAGUUUGCACCGAGCUUUGGGCUCCUUUAUACCCACCCACCCAAAAUAACCUGGUGCAGAGUCAGAGUAAGAUUCAUUUACCGUAGUAGGAAUUGCUUCAAUACAGACAUAGCUAGUAUCAGCUGAUGUGAAAGGCAGCGGAUGGGUGUUUGCAAGGUAGGAUCACAACCUUAGGAACCAUGGCAUUUAACCCUGCCUGCACCAUCCAGUUCUUCCUGCAAAAGUCCUCGGUUUCCCCUGAAUUUGGUCUCAGAAGCUGGCUAGGAAGCUGACUAGCCAAGUGGGAGUUAGGUUUCCAGCUCUCAUGAUCCUGUCUGGAAGACCUUACCUGCAUCUCUGAUGGGGAUUAGUUAACGCUUACCUUUCUCUUCUUUGCAGCCAGCAAGACGCACAGGAGUUCCUGCGGUUUCUCCUUGAUGGGCUCCACAGCGAGGUGAAUCGAGUGCUGGUGAGGCCCAAAGGCAACCAAGACAACCUAGACCAUCUCACGUGAGUCGCAGUAGAGUGUGAAGGAACUGGGAAGAGCAGGCAGAGAAGGGGGGUGUCAUUGGAUUGUGGGUGGCACUGGCUCCUAAAAUUAAUUAUAUUAUUAGGGAAAGUUGCUUGCAGAAAUGUAUACAUUGAUCAAAACUACCGUAUAUGCAAAAGGGCUUUUCAAAGAAAAUAAAAGCUGCCAACUGAUGUGGAAAAUGUGGCUUCAGAUUGGAAAAAUGAGAAAUUGUAACUAGGAUAUGGUGCCUGGCUUGGCUUUGCUUUUUCUCCAUCGCAAUCCCUUUUUUCAUUUUGUGCCUAUUGGAUAGUAAGCUUGAAGGCAGGGAAUGUCUUAUUAUGGACACUUGUAAAGUGCUCUGGGAGCAGUUAGCUGUUUGUUUGUUUUUGCCAAAGAGCAGGAUAAAAUUAUACAUAAAGAUACAGUGGUACCUCGGGUUACAGACGCUUCAGGUUACAGACUCCGCUAACCCAGAAAUAGCACCUCGGCUUAAGAACUUCAGGAUGAGAACAGAAAUCGCGCGGCGGCAGCAGGAGGCCCCAUUAACUAAAGUGGUACCUCAGGUUAAGAACAGUUUCAUGUUAAGAAUGGACCUCCAGAAUGAAUUAAGUUCUUAAGCCGAGGUACCACUGUACACAGUUGCCCCCACACCUCCUAAAUGUAUAUUUACACCAGUCCUGUAGGGUAGGGUAGGGUGAGAGUGACUUAGCCCAAGGUCGCCCCAUGAGCUUUGGGCAUUUAAGCUUCCCCAGUUGUAAUCCAGAGCUCCACGCACCCCUGCAGUCUCUCAUGUGACUUCCCUUUGACCCUGGAAGAGCCUUGGAUAGCCUUUUUCUAUCUCCUUUUUUGCAGCGACGAUGAAAAGGGCAGGCAGAUGUGGAUGAAAUACCUGGCAAGAGAAGACAGCCGGAUUGGGGGUAAGUCUUUGCCAGGAGAGCAGGGCAGGGGGGAACCUGUGGCCCUCCAGCAGCCGCUCCCAGCAUCUGAGGGGCCAAAAGGUUCACCACCUGUGAUUUAGCUCUGGAGCCCAUGAGACUCCAGAGCCACCACAGGAUGAACUGGGAGUUAGGAGAAGGCAUCAGGGUGCCAGGUACAGGUGAUGGUGAUUUCAGCUCAGAGUUCUGAAUGAGACAGGAGCCUUGUCCUGGCAUUCCAUGACUCAGCACAUUCCCCACAGUGUCAAGAAUUGCACUAACUCUGAUUUCAGUUAACAUUUUUAAUUAUUUUUAGAUCUUACGCCACAUCUCUGCACCAUGCAUUCAAAGCAGAGCCCUACCACUUUAAGCAGUCUUGGCUUCCCCAGAGAAUCCUGGGAACUGUAGUUUUUUGAGGGUUCUGAGCAUUGUUAGGAGGCCGCUAAUCCGCUCGCAGAGCUAUAAUUUCCAGAGUUGCCCAGGGGGAGAGGUCGAUGGUUAAACAAUUCUGGGAACUGUAGCUCUCUGGGGCAGAAAUUGGUCUCCUGACAACUCUUGGCACCAUUAACGAAUGAUGCUGCUUUAAAUGUCUGGUGCAGAUGUGGCCUUAGAUAGCAGGCCACAGGAGGUGGCAUGUAAGUAGCAGGGGGUUGGGAGUUAACCCUUCCACCUUCACUGCAGUCAAUAAAUUUACCUGCCCUUCUCGCAUUCCAAUGAAGCUGAUCUUAGCCUAAGAGGAAAGCUUCAUUUUGUGCCAAUUUUUUAAAAAAUGAUCUCACAACCAUCACCCUCACUCGCUUUCUCACACACACACAUUUGCUAUUUAAAUGCUAAAAGUGAGAUAGGUUAACUGUACUCAGCAUCUAGUUUGUCCCUUAAGAGGCCCUUUCAAGUACAGUUUUGCGCAAAAUUGAGCCUUGAUGUGGUUAUUUAAAAUUUGCACACAGACAACAAAGGCUGGCUUACGGUUUCAUCUUGAUCCGUAGUGAUUUGGCUUAGUGGGGCUGUUUUAUCAGAGCAGCUUGAGAAGGCCUUGGAUUUCAAAGCUUGCAUAGAAAGAUAAGGUGACCUGAUUCAGGCCCAGGAGUUGAGAAGGCUUUGAUGGUCCAUCAUAGAGCCCAGAAGGCUUUCUGAGUCAUUAAAGCUAAUUGGGGAGGCUGGAUCAAAACCUCAGCCGUUAAGAGGCAUGUGGGAGAAGCCUCUCCCCAGGAUGGCAUCUGAAGUGCAAAGUGGAACCCCAUAAAUUUGGAUUCCACCUGGCUAGAAAACCGCAGAUUAGCUGCCAGGUGGAUCCAAGAUAUGUUUCUGCCUGAGGCAAAGGACUAGAUAGUGCCUCUGCCAGGCUGGCAGUUAAAUCUUACUUUGGAACUGGCAACAGGACGUGGACCUCUACCGCUCCCAGAAGGCAGCAGGAUAGUUUGGCAGGCAGGUGGGCAGAACCAGCCCUGUGACACACACAGCUCUCCCUACCCCUUUGCAUCUGCCACCUGAGGCAAUGGCCUCACUCUGUCACAUGACUAGCAAGAUUCCACCCAGAGGCCAACACAGAAUACCAGUCCUCUGCUGUGAGUAAGGCAGAUGGGUUGGUAGAGAUGCCAAGUGCCACGCAGAAUGGGAUUCUGGGACAGGUGUAGCAUUCAGGCUACCAGUUGCCCAGUCUUAUUUGGGAAAGAGGUUGAGUGUUUGGAUAGCUUUCGCUGAUUGGUCCAGCCAACAACGGUGAACCAUCCCUCCCUUGCAUGUCCCCGCCCUUCAUUUUCCCCAACUUUUUGCCUCUUCAGAUCUCUUUGUUGGGCAGCUCAAGAGUUCUCUGACGUGCAGUGAGUGUGGCUACUGCUCAACAGCCUUCGAUCCCUUCUGGGACCUGUCACUACCCAUUGCUAAGGUAACCAUGUGCUGUCUAUUACUUCCUGGCCACCUCGGUGCUGUUUUGUCUCCCGCACCCCCACCCUUCCCGAUUCCCGGCAUCCAGCUCUGGCAGAACGCUCUUAACUCCCACCUCUUUGGUGUGUCUUCCCUCUUUUCGCAGAAGAGCUACGGGGAGGUGAACUUGAUUGACUGCAUGUAUCUCUUCACCAAGGAGGACAUCCUAGACGGAGAUGAGAAACCAGUAAGGGAUAUUCAUGUGCCCUUUUCUUUUUUUGCAUUUCUCCCAAUAUAUGCAUUUGCGCAAGCAGUUUACGUGGGUUUGUACAUGAUUUUCGCUAAUAUAAGCACCUUUGUACACAAUUUUUGGUUGGACAACUGCAUCCCAAAAAUUCAGAGGAGUGAAUUUUGAGCAGUAGCUGUGGGGGUUUUUUUGUGUUUUUAAUUGACUGGCUAAGGAAGUGCAAAUUUGGUAGGUUUUCUUUAAAAGGCAAACUGAAUGAAUCCUGCCACCCACUUACUACUCCAAGCAAAUCCAGCCAUUUGCUGCUCUUUAUCUCUCCCUUUCUCCUUAGCUCUUGGUGGCUGUUGGUGCCCCCAAACGUUGAUAAUAUUUCCUAGUGGUACUACUGCACUCCUGUGGACUGGAAUGCAGGCAGCUGCCACCUCAAGGGGUAGGAGCCCUGGCCACCAGAAGGGAGAGGGAGAGGAGCUAGCCCAGCCUUAUCUCUGUGACACAGCACUCUAAUGAUAUCUUCCCACUAAUCAGGAUUCCCUUUAUUUUCCAGACCUGCUGCCGCUGCAAAGCCAGAACAAAAUGCAUGAAAAAAUUCAGCAUCCAGAGGUUCCCAAAGAUUUUAGUGUUGCGUAUCCUUUGCCUUCCCUGUGGCUGUGCCCUUAUUCUAGAGAGCAUAUAGACAGCAAGUGAAUCACAGGUGGGGGUGGGGGCAACUGUUGUGCAAUAACAUCACCCCGAGGUUUUGUAUUGGGCAUAGAAUUCAGCAUCUCAAGAUCUCAGCUUUUAAUGUUUUGAUUUUAAAUGUGCAAGAUUCUAGCCCUCAUGCUAGCCACAAACUAUGAGCAAAGGAGUUUGAGCUGGGGUGGUGAAAAGGGGAUGGAGUUCCAGUGCUGCUUCCUGUAUCUUGAAAUCCAGUUUGUUGGAUGUGUCAAAUGAGGGCACCCGGGUUCGAAUGCCCAGUUGGCUGGGAGGCUUCUUGUGUGACCUUUGCAAGUCUCUCUCCAGCCCCUUAACCUACCUCUCAGGGCUGUUGUGAGAGGAAGCGAACCUUGUACACCACCCUGAGCAACUUGGAACAAGGGCAGGAUAAAAAUGUGCCAUUAAAUUUUUAAGCAUUCAGAAUAACAGGACUGGAAUAAAUUCAAAAAUAAGCAAAUGCACUUGAUUGGAAUAGGCUGUGUAGGUCACAGAAUCCAGCUUUGUUAGAACUUUGAUUUAAAAUACAGCAAGGCAUACGCACAGCCCUGAUUAUGGAUGAUGGAGUAGCCCAUUUUCUGUGAGUAGCGGGUUGCCUCAGCAGAGAGCUUCCAGAGAGCCCAGACCCUUCGCUCCAACAAUGAGAAACAGGUCGGACAUGUUGCCCAAUAGCCUCCUUUCUUUCCCAUAAUAUAUCUGUCCUGUUAGUUCGUCUGCUCUUCUUCCUUAACUUCCUAUCCCAGACCUGAAGCGUUUCUCUGAAGCAAGGAUGCGAUCCAGCAAGCUCACCACGUUCGUUAAUUUCCCACUCAAGGACUUGGACCUGAGGGAAUUUGCAUCCCAAAACUGCAGUGAGUGGUUUUUUGUUUUUUCCUUGCAGGAACUAGAAUGGGUGGGAGGAGCCUGAGAGGGGCAAGGUGGGCACUGCAGGUGGGAAGGUUGCGUCAACAAUAGGACUUCACAUGAUCAAGUGCAGCUAAAUGGAACCUCCAUAUACAAGAGCAGUCCAUCCCCGGGUGCCAGAUGCUGGAGACAAACAAGCAAGAUAGCCAUCACCACCAUGCCGUGUGUGAAAGCAUCCAAAGGCUUGGCAGCAGCUGUUCAAAGCAAAAGUGUGGACUAGAUAGACUUUGGUCCAUUCUAGCAAAGCAGUUCUUAGUCCUCUUGUAUACACUAUAAAUCAAAUCUUUAUUGUUGUGCUCAAUGAGUAGCAUUUUCUGUGCACUAUAAAAUGAAGCUAGUUUGAAACUGGUUUAACAGUCUUGGCUCCCCACUAGCAGCAGAUGAAAUGGUGGGGCGACGGUGAAUAUUUAACUGCUGGGUCAUUGUUGCUUAUUGGGAGGAUAAAGGGCACUAUAACAGAAAGAUCAGUGCGGUGCAAAUGCAUCGGAAGAGCCAGUCCAGUACUCCUGCCGGUGCAUUUGCAAUUCUCUGGCCUCCCUGCCCCCUGCCCCCUCUCCCUCCCAAUAACAGCAGUAGCUCACCUGUCUGGAGGUCAGGUCAUUGCCAUCACCCCAUAACACCAUCCACUUCUGCUCCCUGCUGCCACGCAAAAGCAUCUGGGCAUUAUAAAUCCAUGAUGCUGUUGACUUUUUAAAAUUUUGCUCAACUGCCCCAGUGCCACAACCCUGCCUAGAAUCCCUUGAAGCCACGAGGAUUGAACGGGUUUGCAUCUGGUUUCAAUAAGACUGGCAACAUCUCAUGCAAACACACAGAAACGCAAACACAGCUAGUUUGUCAAGCUAUGCUACAGGCUUCCUGCAGCCACCUCUCAUCCGUUCUGGAUGUCCAGUUGAAAAUGCAGAGGUGGCGAAGAGCUAACCCCCUACCAAACUUCUGCAAAAGUGAAAUUUCGAGCCAGCACCAAAAGAAUUUUGAGAGUAGCAAAAAAGAGGUGUUUGAAUAAGACUAUAGCAAAAUUUCACCAGGGUUUGCCUAUGUGAUUCAUGAAGUCCUGAUGCCUGUGUUUCUUCCCCUUUUUACACAUUGAUAAGUAAUGUGUAGAGCACAGAACAUGAAAGUGACGCCGUGUGUGCCUGUUUUGUUCUCACCUUGCAGAUCAUGCUAUUUACAACCUGUACGCCGUCUCCAAUCACAGCGGGACCACAAUGGGCGGUCACUACACAGCCUACUGCAAAAACCCUGUGUCCGGAGAGUGGCAUGCCUUCAAUGACUCACGGUAUGUCUAGGACUUCUCUAUUGGAAGGGGGCUGCAGCUUUCACAUGGGGGCCCGCAGGAGAUGAGCAGCGCCUGUAUCUCAAAUCUUAGGUUCUACAAAUGCUAGAAACAUUCUCUUUUUUAAAAAAAUGAAAACUGGGAAUCCAAGCAUUAUGGUUCUCCUUUGCCCCCAGUGGUAGAGCAUCUGCUUCUUAUGCAUGCAUGCGCAUCGCCACAAACCCAGAAGUGGCAAGAAAAGGGGCAUGAAAAGGAGCAAAAAAAUGGCAAAAAAACGGUGCAAAAGUAGCAUCUAGCAAUCCUACAAACCUUUGCAAGUGAAAUCCCAGGAGCCUUUGUGCCAACCUUUGAGGCCUCUGGGGAAGCGAUUGUGGUGGAGUUUGGUGGGCAGAUGUUUUUGUUUUUUAAAGGGUUUUCCAAGGGUUUCCAGAGGUUUAGGGGGCAUUUGCAGGCUUUCUCAAUGGUGUUCCCAAUUUUUGCGAUUUCACUUAAGCGUGUGGUGCCUCGGAACGUAAUCCCCGCAUAAACGGGGAGUUGCCCGUACUGGAAAACGGGAUGUUAGACUCAAUGUUCCUUGGUCUAGCAGAUCCCUCCUUUACGUUCUAUUAUUAUAUACAUUCCCUGGGGUCCCACCCCAGUGCCAGACCUCAGCCCCCUAACUGCUUUCUCCUCUUUCCCCCUGCAGCGUGACACCGCUCUCCUCAAGCCACGUCCGGAGCAGCGACGCCUACCUGCUUUUCUACGAGCUGGCCAGCCCGUCUUCGCGCAUGUAG